AUGGAACGGCUUUGGAUCUCUUUGCUGUUGCUGGCAGCGGCAUGCAAAGGGCAGCCGUGUCCGAAACGCUGUAUGUGCCAGAGCCUUUCUCCAUCACUCGCCAUCCUCUGCUCCAAAACAGGCUUGCUGUUCGUUCCUGCUGCCAUAGACCGACGGACGGUGGAGCUACGGCUUCAGGAAAACUUCAUAACAGGUAACAUGCCUGCCAGUUUAUCCAAUGUUUAAUCUUCAUGUGUGUACAGAUAGGUCAAUGCAUACUCAAAAGAAGAAGAAGAAUGCAGGGUUAAAUGUAGGAUUAUUAAAAUGUUUUUAAAUGGAUCAGGGGACAAUGUUCAGACACAAAAUUCAGGAGCACUUUGGCACUGGCAUAACUGCAUGUAGCUAAAAGGGGAAGCAAAAUUAGAUGCAGUAAGUGAAGUAUUCCAGGUAUGCAUAUGCAACAUAUAUGCAGCAGCAUGCUAAUGACUGAAUAAGAUGAGAUAAAAAUAAAUGUAUUGAUCCCCAAAGGGAAAUUCAACACAUUAUCAUAUCAAGCAUUUCAAAACAGCUGUUUGCUCAUCACCUUUCUUCAUAACAAAGGGACGUGACUAUUUCCAAGACAAUACUUUAACUUUCACACUUCGAAACUUUUUUUUUUUUUGUGCCCCGGUCUUGCAAAUCAUAUUCAUCGCUUCCUUUAAUCAAAGAGUCCUCUGGGAUACUUUGUGUGAAAUGUACUUAUUUCUGAGAACUGAAGUGUUGCUUUAUCCUUUUUAUUAUAAUCUGGAUUCCCAUUAGCUCUUACCAAGGCGGCCAACUAAUCUUCUCAGGCUUGACUUAAAAGAAAUCCUGUUCUAUAGUCCACCAAAACAAAAGACACAGGCUGAAAAUUGACUGCUUUCACAUGGUCUGGAAAGAUAAAAGAGCAGCCAUUAACAAUUUCACACAGAUGCAGCUAUUUAAGUCGCACAUUCAGUCCUUUUCAAAAGAAGCAUUACUCCUCUGCAAAUCUAGAGAUUCUGUAUUUUAUAAUGUAAGCCACCAACCUAUAUCUGCUCCAAAUGAGGUUCUUAACAUAUAGAGCCAUACAUGUACAGUAAUACUCACUGAGCUGAGGGCUAGACAGUAAUUAGGUAUUUAUUUGCCGUGUAUAAAAAAAACAUGUGACAGUCGUGCAGUGAUUGCUGUAAAGAAAAAAAAAUAGCACCCAAAGCAUCAGGUCAUUUAUAAACCUAGCUCGACAAAGGUAGGGGAACUUUGUAAAAAGUUGAGACAGAAUAAUUUGAUGGUUUGCAAGUCUUAAAUUGAAAACAGUGCAAAAGAAAAAUGCUGAAAAGUGGUUGUGAUAUUAAACAUGUUCUUUUUAACUUUUAUAUUUCUUAUCUGGAACAGGAGCAUGUUUACCACUAUGUCGUACCACCUCUUCUUUUUAUAACACUUUGUGAAUGUUAAAAAAACGGUUUCUAAAGUUUUUAAAGUGAAAUGUUACUCUAUUCAUGCCAGAUAUAAGAUUUCCGCUGCCAAAUAGUUUGAGGUCUCGUUUUUCUUUUCCUCUUUUUUUACUCUCUUGGUGGUCUGCCAAAUGUUUUCAGUGCGUGACACAUCAGGGCUGCGGGCAGGCCAGCUAAGCAGCAGAGUAGUAAUGCAUGUAGAAUGUGGUUUGGCAUUAUUUGUUGGAAUAUGAAAGGUCACUGACAUUAACCAUUGGCUACUGAAGUGAAGUUUGAAGCCUAUCAAUGGCUUUCGCUGUGGUGGAAAUGCUGACUGAACCUAACCUUCAGUCAAACAGGCAAGAGGCAAAGAGGCGAGGUGAGGCAGGCCUUUAGCUCCCUCACUUACAGCAACAGUAAGCGUGCCUGUCUGUCAAGUCAGCCUCACUGUUACCCCUCACUUUAACCUUCAUAGGUUGCUGCAAAGAUGCUUUUUUUUCAUGCUACUACAUGUUUCAAGUUAAUGCUGAUGAGUUGAUAUUUUUUUAUGUAUUCCUUUUUAAAUAUUCCACAAUUUUUUAAGUGUUUUCCCCCUAAGCUACUGUGAAAUCAGGACUGUACUACAUUUAUAUAGACACUAUUGUAUGUGGUUUUGUAUCACAUAUUUAUUCUCUUUCUCCAUCCCAUUAAAUGAAUUAUACUCAACAUCAAUCAAGUGUUAAAUUGGAUUGUCUACAUGUGGAUCUCAAGAUGCUUUUUUCCUCAAUAUCGUAUACUUUCAAACCAGGAAUUUCUCAAUAAAGCUGACUAUUAUUUUUUUCCUCUAUUCAAACCCAGCUGUUCGAAGGAAGGACUUCGCCAACAUGACCAGCCUGCUACACCUGACCCUGUCCAGAAACACCAUUAGUCAGAUUCUCCCCUCAGCUUUCAGUGACCUGCGGAGACUUAGAGCACUCCACUUGGACUCCAACAGAUUAACUGUGAUCAAGGUAAGGCUGAUGGAUGGAUAGCUGGAUGGAUUAAUGAUGGUAGAAUGUAAUGAAUUGGGAGUGCAUUGAACUGAUUAACGGUUCCUUGGAGUCACACAAUGACAUAUUGUCAAAGCAUAGGCAGGAAAUCAAUAGAGACAACAGAAGGGAGCAGCAACAGAAGAAAAACUUAAGAUACCUAUGAAAAAUUCACCGUAUUUGUUAUGCUACUCAUCACAUGCAUUUUUCUUCAUUAUCCAUCAGGAUGACCAUUUUAAAGGCCUGACCAACCUUCGCCACCUGAUCCUGGCCAACAACCAGCUCCAUGCCAUAGCUCCCCAUGCCUUUGAUGACUUCCUGUCCACUCUGGAGGAUCUUGACCUCAGCUACAACAACCUAGCAGAGGUGCCCUGGGACACGAUCGGGCGCCUGACCAAUGUUAACACCCUAAAUAUGGAUCAUAACCUCAUAGAAAAUGUUCCACAAGGAGUAUUUACCAAUCUACACAAACUGGCCAGGUUUGUAGUUUCAUGGAGUUUGGCGUCCUACUACAUGAAUUACUGUCCAUCUGUCCAUCUCAUGACCAUCUACCCCUCUCUUAUACAGGUUAGACAUGACAUCCAACAAGUUGAAGAAGAUUCCUCCAGACCCAUUGUUUCUGAGAAUCCCAGUUUAUGCCAAGUCCAGAGGCUCCCCUCUCUCCUCCCUGGUGUUGAGUUUCGGUGGCAACCCCCUUCACUGUAACUGUGAACUUCUGUGGUUAAGAAGACUAACAAGAGAAGACGACCUGGAGACAUGCGCCUCUCCCCCUGACCUGAGUGCCAAAUACUUCUGGACGAUACCUGAAGAGGUGAUGUUUUGGGUUUUGUACUUUUGAUGUGACUUUUUCUCAUCUUUAUUGGAGGUUUGACCAAAACCACAACUUUCUGAUUUUAGACUCAAAAUCUAAAAGCUAAAGCUAAAUAAAGAUCACACAAUAUAGAUGCAAAGUAAGUGGACAAUGUUUCCAGUAUAGCAUGAAUUAAACACAUUGAAGGGUCAUUUUCGAUUAAAAGCCAACAUGGUCUAUUGCAGUCUUUCUUAGCCUAGACUGACUCAUGCAACUUCUUUGGUUCAGUUGCACCAAUAGAUGCACUGGAUAUGCAAAGGCCAUGUUUGAAAUGUGGUGACAUGUAAGUCAAUCACUGGUCUUGGAGUGAUGCAGUCACAGCAGAGCUACUGAGCACAUCUCCACACUAAGAUUACUGGGUGUUUUUGAUGUCGGUCUCUGGCUGAAUUAUUUUGGUUUGAGCAGUCAUCAUCCUGAGGUGAUGCUGCAUGGGGGGGGAAUAAGCAUUGAGUGUGUCCUCAUCUUCUGGCAUUAGCAUAAUGGCUUCACAACGUCGCAAGUAUCAUAAUUUAAAAGGCAAGAAAACCCAGUCUUCUGGUAACACAGAGCAUAAACAAACACCUCUUGGCAUCACUGUGUAUGUAGCAACGGAAUUUGCAUGAGCUUUUCAAGGCAGCAGGAAAAAAAAAAACAGUCCAACCAACUCCAGACCAGGUUUGCGUUAAUUUGGUGCACUUGCACUUGACUACUCCUUGGUUCAAGACAUGCCAUGAGCAAAAAGACAGGUGUAGACUACUACCCUGGUUGAAAGGCAAUGAUAUUUUGGGCCUGCUGUGCUCUACUUUGUGCUGCACUUCAGCUACAGACAGCCUCCUUGCACUCAAGCUGCUCUGUGCACUUGUGAAGGGUCUGCUCCUGGAUUUGCCCGACUUGUUAAACAACUCGGGGAGAUUCCCCAUACUGAAGAAAUGCCAGGUGCAGUGUCGACAAAUGAAUUGUUCCUACUCCACAGUUGCUGUGUCUAUUUUAUUUCUAGACUGUCCUAUAUUGGUGCUCCCAGACUGAAAUGCUGCACUUUUGAACAAAGGCAGGAAAAGAGUUCCUGUAUUUUAAUAGUGGUCUCAUAACUCAACAAACUAAAAGGAGUCUUUGAAGUAAAUGGAACACUUAAGGAGGUACUGCAGCUAUAUUUAAAGAGCAUGUUUUCAGUCUUACCAUUCUUUUUUUUUUUUGCCUCUCUAGGAGUUCAUCUGUGACCCACCAGUCCUGACCCGUAAGUCACCUCACACUGUAGCUAUGGAGGGCCAGCCUGCCAGCCUCAAGUGCAAAGCAAAUGGUGAUCCAGAACCUGAAGUCCACUGGAUCAGCCCUGAAGGAAGACUUAUAUCUAAUGGCUCAAGGUACUGGGGUUUUCUCCUUGUAAAAGAAAACUGGGAUCCAUAGCUUGUAAAAUGAUUCAAAAAAGGAAAUAAAAACUAGAGCACUACUCUACAUGCAGUGACGGCAGCAACCCAACAACCCAGUUGGCAAGUGGAAAAGAAAAGGAGGUUGUGUAAAUGUUGUGCUCUAGCUCAGAGCUGUGUGCCAAUGUGACACCAAGUCAAAAAGACUGUGUGUCUCACAUAAUUUUUGUCUUGGCUCUCGUAGUGGGGUGUGGGUACAUGACUCAUCUGGGCCAACUCUGAAUAAGGAUUAAAGAGUAUUUGAUGAGGUCACUUCUUUCUCACAUUUUCAUCUGGCAACAGGGAUGGCGUACAUGUCAAACACAUCAUCACAGAUAAAAUCUCUGAGAAUAAAAUGUCAGUGUUCUCAUUAUUUCUGAUCUUAUAACACUGACAUUUCUCUUUGUAUCUUCAGAUGAUUGAGGGCUGAUAUCUGAAGCUAAUAGAUAUGAAGGACUCUUGGUGAUUAUGCAACCACAGUUUGGGUUGGCAUGUACUGAUGGAAAUGAAGCCCAAAGCCAGUCAGCAACAUUGCCCCUUAGCUUGGCAGUUAUUGCAUUGAUUCUGGAUAAAGUAUCUGGAUGGAUGCUGGUGUUGGCAUUAGCAUCAAGUGCUGCAGGCAGCAAUGCACAGGUGCUACUAAAUGGGCUAAUAAGGAGAACACCGAUUAGUGAUUAGAUCCACAGUGGGUGACAGGAGAAGCGGGCUUAUAUGAUUGUAGUUUGAACCUGAUGGAAGUUGAAUCUAAGAUCAGUAAAUGUGUCUCUGUUUGUUGAGCUAGAUUGCGUGUCGAAUGGCCUCGCUCUUUUAAACAUGAACUUCUGCCUGUGCCAACCCAAGUCGCAGCCUGCUGUUUUGAGAAUAAAAAAUUAGAUCUUAACUCGAUGGUUUGCAGCCAACAGAUGUGACUGAGAGGGGGAUAUUAAAAAUUUAAGAUAAGAGGGAAAAGAAGCAAAGAUGAAAAGAGGAACUGCCUUAACUUUUGUAAAGCCCCUUGUGUAUCUUUUUUACUUUGUUGUGACAUUUCAUUUCUAAUUCACUAAUGAAAGGUUGUUUAUUUAAUAAUGUGUCUUCAUUUGUUCCAGAACUUUGGUUUUCCCCAAUGGAAGCUUGGAGAUCAACGUAACGUCCCUGAAGGAUUCAGGAAACUUUACCUGCAUCGCCUCAAACGCAGCCGGAGAAUCUACUGGACGGGUGGAGUUAGUUGUCACAGCAGUGCCCCACCUGGCAAAUAGCACAAGCCGUAGCCGAGAUCCAUCCUCUGAACCUGCUCCAUCUGAUAUCCUAACCUCCUCUAAGGUUGCACUACCUAACAACGAGACAAGAGGUGGAGAUCGGAGGGUUUCAUUGGUAGAGCUGACAGGAAACUCUGCACUUAUAAGAUGGAGCAGUCAGACUCAGACAACUGGAGUCAGGAUGUUCCAGGUCCAGUACAACAGCUCUGGAGAUGACACGCUGGUGUACAGGUCAGUCUUCCUAUGAUAUGACGAAUGUUUCUGCCUACACAUAGAAUCUUUAGUGACAUUUUUUAAAGGCUCAUUAGUAAAAAGGCGUUGUGCAGUUGUGUGUGAGCUCAUCUGCAGACAUCAGCCUCAGCUGCGAGAAUGAAAGCUGAUGAUAGAUGGUGCAAUUGGAGAUUAGGCAGUCAUGCGGUUGCAGAAGUUCAAUCAACUGAAAUGAUAAAGACAUCUGUAGUGAGUGAGAGCCAUUGUUGGGUUCACUGAUUGCCUGGGCCAAAUGUGACGAGUGAUGCUGUUUAACAAGUCUUAAUGCUUGUCUGUCAGUGUAGCUCAGUGAUGUGCUCCCUGCUGCUAUUAACAGUAUUUCUCUUUGAAUUAUGUUCUGUUGAGUUUCACUUGGCUAGGACUUCUGGCACUUUCUUUUAAUGCUGGAGAGCUAGUUCAGGCAGGCAACUUCACAUUUGCUGUGCAUCAUUCUCGCAAUCACCUGACAAAUAUAACCCCCGCAAUCAGGCAGUUCAUUCAAGAUGCAAGAUUAGCAGUCUCUCUCACCUCAGUGUUAAUCUGCAAACUCUAACUAUGAGAGGUUGAAGAUAUUAUCUCACCACUCCUCAGUGUUUGAGUAUAAGGCUUGUCAAGUUUGGAGAUUGUCAAGCAGACAAAGCAACAGGUUAGGAAAACCUUUUUAAAUCUUGCAAUAAUAAUGUGCAGCUUUAAUUCUACCACAGCAUGCAGCAGACUAUUUCAAUGAAUAGGCAAAAUAUCCUUGGUUUGCUUUUACUUAAUAAACAGUGUGAUUCUAUCGUGGGAAUUAUUCUGAAUGAAAACCCUGUUUGAGAAUAUUUAUGUCAAUUUGAUUCACGCUGUCAGAAAGUUGAUUUAAUAUUAUAAAAAUCAACGCAAGUAAGAAAUAAGGAAGGAAGACGCUGCUGAAAAGUGAUUAUGAUGUUAUUGUCAACCUCUUGAGAACGUUCAUUUAUUCAGAGAGUCGGGCUAACUGUGGGAGACAAGCAGCUUCUUAUGAUUCUGAGCAUGGCAACAGCUCUCCUGCUUAGCAACUGUCUGUCCGCACCUGCCUGUUCAAGGUUGGAUGCAGUCGGUGUGCACAGUGGCCCCUCAGAUACAAAACACACUUGUUACUUGUCAAGUGCAGGUGUGUGAAGAUGAGUGGCUGCAUUUGAGUUCGCGAAGCUUUCUUUGAAACUCGCAAUCGAGCGUAAUGUGUUUGGUUGUUUGCAAUGCUAAUCAAACUACAAAACGACGACAUUACAUCGAUACGAGCUUGAGGACUCAACAGGAGUGAAAUAAGAAGAGAAAGUUGGCAUUGAUCCAUUUACAAUCAUAUACACCUUUGCGCACAUACUUAGACUCUUUUCUUUAUAUCCCUACAGACUGUUUCACUCCAUCUAUACCCACUUAGUUCGAAAAAUAUUGAAUUCUUAAAAAUGUUUUCGUAAUCUUUCCAAAAUGCUUGGCCUCAGCUUAACAUUUCAGUCCUAACCUCAUUUUAAAUCCUCUCUAUAUACAGAUUUUCCUGCGCUAGAUAUUCAAUAUGUUUGUGAUAAAUAUUUAUCUCUCUGCAUCGUAGAUAUGGUUAUACUCAGUGGAAUCUGCCAUUACUGGGCGCAGCCUUCAUAAGCAGUAUUUUUUUUUUAGAAAACUUGCCCAUCAAACAUGCAGUCUUCCUGUGGGGGAUUCACUCAAAACACUCCACUUGGUACAGGUAAGAGGCUGGAUAGUAGGGCUGGGAUGAUAUACUUUUCUCCCAAAUUGGAUUCUUCUAUGAUUUUUUGGAUGUCGAUUCGAUUUAAAUUACGAUUCUACGGUAUUGACGAUAUUCACGAUUUUUUCUCUGCAUUUUUAACACCAGUAAAACAGUUGUAUGAUUAUGAUCGUCUACUGACUAUUCCAGGAACCAUAUUUCCCCAAAAAAUACUCAUCACAUGUAAGUCAGUUUUUAAAGAUGUAUACAUACAUUUGAAAAAAAAAAAAAAAAACGAUUUAAAAAAAAAAAACAAAAGUUGAUUAAAAGUUUGUAAAACAAAAAAUUGCAAUACUUAUGUGAAUUGAUUUUUUUUCCCACCCCUACUGGAUAGUUCAAACAUGAGAAAAACGAAAAAAAAAAUGUUUGUCUAUUCUUUUUUGCUGUGGUGACUCUGACAGGUUUCUCUACUACUUAGAUACAACAGUUCAGCAAAAUCUUCUGGCAGGUAGUAAAGAGAGAAAGCAAAGGCAGGGUGGGUCCAGACUUUUCUGGCUGUCCAAAUAGACUUACCCAGGCAUGACAUGGAGCACAAAAAUAAGGAUAACUUAUUUACCCUUCCUGUUCCUUUGAAUCAUAUCUGAAUUACCUUUCAGCCGCUUGACUACUCCUCUGGAUUCAUCUGUGCAGGUAGCUCUGUGUGUAAAAUACAUCUUAUUCAAAAUCUUACAGUGCAUAAAUAGGGUGAUAAUGAUGGAAAGUGGGAGGUGAGUGGUUCCUGGCCCUUAUUCCUACCGCACUGUGUUUCUUGUAAAAAACAUAAUCAAAGAAAACCUUGGCUGAAUAUCAGCCUUGAUUAACCAGACAUGGGGUCAUAUGGAAUUGAAGGAUUAACCUCCAUUAGGUGGUAUCAUUAUUGAACCAGCUCUGUUUUGAGCAGAAGGAAAAGAAAUUACACAUCUUGAGAGGGUCGGUGUGCAUGAGUCUACAGUACCUCUCUUAUGUAUUUCCUUGGUCAAUAUCCAUUAAGAAGGGUGAGGCACAAUGCUGUACUGAGUGAGGCGGUGGGGAGGAUAAAGGGGGGAGAGGGUACAAAAGUGCUGAGAAGAAAAGAGUAAAAGAAACAGAAAUAUUAGUGGUGCGAGGAGAGGCUAUGAACCUCACAGACCUAAUUACCCUCUGUUUAUUGUGAUAAGAAGAAAUGAGUUUCUCAGGCUUCAUGUGACUAUUUAUGCAUCCUCAAUAGUGACAUUUUCCCUCUGAGGACAAAAAAAAGGCCUCUUCCUACCAGAGUAUCCAGAUCCAGAAUCCUGUGAUCUUUACAUUGCCCUUGACGCCCUUUUUUAUUUAUCUUAUAUUUGAGGAAGCAGCUCAUUUUCAAACCAUCUCCACUCCAGAAAGACCACCGAUAGUCCGGAGAUUUUCUGAGGAGCUCAGAGCUUUAAGAGGGCUCUCUGACGCGGUCUCAAAACCCCCUGACUCCUUACGAUCGAUGCCAUUAUAGCACCGAGUGUGUGUUAGCGUCUGUGCUUGUGCAUUUGUGUGUAUGUGCUCGAAAACCAUCAGUUGACAGUUUAUUAGUUAACCCUGCGUCUGAGACAUGCUCUUCAAACCCCCUGACUAAUAUAAUCAAUGUCCAUUCAAGACAGUGCAUGCAUGUGUGCGUGUGGGCGCGCAGGAUUUGUGCGCGUCAGUGUGGGUGUGUGUUUGUGUUCACACUGCAGCAGCUGGCAAUAGUGUGAAACUAAAAACUCAAUGGCAGUUGGAGUGCCAUCAAUCGCAACAGACCUCUGCAGGAGGGCUCUCUGUGUGUCUCAAGUGUCGAUGUCUGUGUUUUUUUGUGGCCCUGUCUGUCUCUUAUUUAAAGUUAGACCACACAUUUAUGUUACUCUGUAAUAUUGCAACACAGAGAUGAAUUCACCAACUAGUCUUAGUCCUCUUCUAAUUAAAACCACAAACUCAGGGUUGUGUAGAGAGAAGAUAUGCUAGGAGACAAAAGUGACAAAAGUGAGCUAUGUCUUUUGCAGUGUUUAAUUUGCGAUGCUGCGUAAACUUACACGAGUUAAUAAUGAGUUUCUUUGUGUCUGCGUUUUGAUGCACACUGCUGGUGGACUUUUUUUUAGACAGGAAAAUCUCAGUAUCAACUAAACUGAACUGGGAUCAAUCAGAGGUCAAGAAAAGAUCAAUAGUUCAGAUUACACAGGCCUCAACGGGGGAAAACGCAUCCUAGCCAGACAAGCUUACAUUGGUUCAGAUUUCUCUCUGUGGCUGAACAAGACAAAACAAAUCCAGAGCAGCACUUCCCUGAUAAUACACUUCUUAUUUCAGUUUGAUUUACAAGUUCCUGUGUGAGAGAUCUGAGGGGAUGUAGGUGUUCAGAUUUGUUUGUUUCCCAUUUCUCUUCAAUUUUUUUCUAAAACCUCUGACACAUCUUCCCUUUUCUGACAAUGCAUGACAGCUUUAAAAAAAGAAAAAGCUAAAAGCAAACUAAAAGAAUUCUGCAGCUCCUAAAUGCAAGUAAGCGUACAUAAUACUAACCAUUCAUACCCAUUGUGCAUAUCAAAGAUACUGCAGAAUCACUAUCAUACCGCAGACUCGACCAUUCAGUGGAUGUGGUCCUGCUCAGUGUAUUGUAAUGUGAGUGGAAUCUGACUCAGUAGCUUCAGCGUCUGCCAAUCAAAGCAUCCGGUUAUAUGAUUAAUAUUGCAGUGAAAACUCUUACUGCCCUACAAGUGUAGCUUGGAUUACUGCAUGUGGACCUUUUACAGUAUGUAUUAUAAAUGCUGGCACUAAUAUACAAAGACUAAUGAACCACAGUGUUUACUUCAAUGCUGCAAUGCAUCAAUGACUGUGCAACCUCAAACAUACAUAUCUAUCUUUUAAUAAUUAAACUAUUUUAAAACUUUUAUUUUGUUAUGAUUACUUUUUUCACUACUUCAACCAAGUAUAUGUCCUGCUUUUUAGCUCCAUUCCAACCCAACAAGACAAUAAAUUCAAAUAAACAAAACCAAACAAACAAACAAAAAAUAGAGCAUGUUUGUCUCUUUGCAAUGUCGCACUGCCUGAGCAAGGACACACGAAUCGCUGUCGCUGCAUAUUUGAACCAGAUCACUCCUCCGCAUACAGCACAUUCAUGUCUGUUUAUGUUAAAGUCUUUAUCCUCACAGGGUGAAUGUCAGGGAUCCAUAUGUAUGUGGUGAAACUUGUCACUUUACAUUGUUGUCAAUCAGACUGUGAAUGUGUGUGGAGACCAUGUCAAAGAGAGCAGGCGUGGAAAUGUCUGAAAAAAAGCGGUGAAAGUGUUCACAUAUUAUUCAUUUUUAUUCUUGUUUUUGGACGAUAAUCUAUAUACAUAUAUACAGUAUAUAUAUAGAGAUGUAUAAAUAUAUAUCUAUAUCUAUCUAUCUAUAUAUAUAAAUAUACAUACAUAUAUACAUAUAUAUCUAUAUAUACAUACAUAUAUAUAUAUAUAUAUAUAUAUAUAUAUAUAUAUAUAUAUAUAUAGAUAUAUAUAUAUAUAUAUAUAUAUAUAUAUAUAUAUAUAUAUAUAUACAUCUAUAUUAGAGAAUCCUGACAUUUGAACCCCCUGAAUGACCACCUGAAUGGGUCCUACAAUCCAUUAAGAUCACUAACUCGGUGUGUUGUCGUCUCAGUCUGUUCAGCCAAUCUGUACAUGUUUGUGUGAACAUUGCAGUAUCUAAAGAUGAAAUAUAGCACAUUAACCUUCUGCUAUCCAUGUAAAGUGCUGUCAUACAUGCACAAAAGGACACACUCAUACACGAACGCUUCCUGUAAACAUUUAAAACCUCCUUUUAAGAUCAAACCUUGUUUUCCUCUUUUCAUCUUCACCACUUUGUUGCUCAUGGACUUUGAGUAAAUGAAAGAAGAUGAGGAUGUGUGCGUUUAUAUGUGUCCCGGUUGAUCUUGAGAAUUAUAUUCACCUCACAUUUUCUUCACUGCUGAAAACUGACAAGGGCGAAAAGAGGUCAAUGUGAGCCUUCUUCAAUCAUCAUACAGAAACCAACAAAAAACAGCCUCACACACAGGCUGCAAAGAGAUGCCUGUGAGCUAACUCUAUCUUUUGCAUUUGUGGUUGUGGUUCUUUCUAUAAUGGAUUCACAGACUUGUGAAACCUGUACAAAAUGGCAAACUCGGGAUAGAGUACCUGGAAAUAAGCAUGAAUAACAUCUCGAUCACUAGAAGUAGGUGGAAUAUUUGCUUCUUCAGCUAAUUCUCUAGAGUUAGUGCCCAUAAAGUAACUUCAACAAGGACCUUUUCUACACUUUUGUUUGUCAUUGUCAGAUUUGAUUAGAUUUGUUGUUUGAGCACUCAAAUCGUCUCUAAAGGGUUAGAAAAAAUAUAUAGUUUAAAUCGGGAAUAACUUCUAUAUUCCCCUGAAUUUAUUUUACAUACAUUAACUAUAAAGUGUGGAAUGCUGAGACCCACAACUUACGGUAUAUUUAAAGUGAAAUGCCAAGCAUCACUUAAUUGAAAAAUAAAUGAGCUGGAGUCAGCACAUAAGUGGUAUGUCUGUGUGCGUUUGUGUGCAGGUGUGAAUGUACAUCGGUGGGUGGCUAAAGGGUAGUGAGGGAUAAAGCAUUGGAGCAGGUGAUGUGAGCAUCUGGAGCAAAGCUGGGUGGUCUGAGGUGUGCCUGCAAGUGGGUGACCUCGUGUAAGGCUGUAAGAGGAAAAUAGCGAGAGAAAGAGAGCGAGAGAGAGAGAGAAAAGAGCGAGAGAGUAUGCCGAGCAGGUGGGUGCAUGCAGCCUGAAUAUAUUUUUCCAGUUCUCUAGUGUAUGAAGCACAAAGAGUCUUGCUCAUGUGUGAUGUGCAUGUGUACUCUUUUAUGUUUGAUGCGUUUGUGUAGCUGGUUUAACAGUUCAAAACCUCAAAAAAAAAAGAAAGAAAAAAAAGGAUUUUGUAGGAAUAUAUACAAAAAGACUGAACCGAUUAUGUUUGUGAGAAUGUCAUAUCUGCAGGAUGAAAUCGAUGAUUCAGAAUCUAACUGAGAGAUGUGAAUAACAAGUCAGUCUUGGUUAGCCACAUUAUGCACUGAAUUACAUUUUAAUGAUCGAGCCUUGGCCACAUGCAUAUGACCUUGGUAUAGCAUUAGUCAUAUUACAUGGCUCAUAAAAACAUGGAGGCCAAUACACCAAAGCUUCAUUUCUGUUCUGUGUGGCAGCAGUGUGUGUUGCUGAGAUCUAUCCCUUAACACAGUGACGUUGAGGGAUAGUAAGACACGCUCGCUAAAAUUUACUGCUCUUGGCUUCUUAUGAUGGCCAGUAACAUGCUCAUGUAAACCUGAAGAAGUGUGUUUGAUGUAUGCGAUUGAAAAGAUAAUGCCGAUACCAGCAUUUUUUUAUGAUAGUAGUUGUUUUGCGAUCAAUCUGAUCUUUGUAUCUUGUCAUCAGGACAGCUCCAAUACGCUCACCUCACUAUUGGAUACAAACAUUACAAUACGGUAAAGUUAAAUGAUGUUAGACAAUGGAAAAAAUGCAAUUCAAUAUGAUGCAUGUUUCGAUAAGAAACAAUACGUGUGAAGAGAUGCGACACCAUACAAUGCCAUGAGCUGAAAAACAACUACGAUACGAUAAUAUGAUUCAAUAUUACAAAAUAGACAGGGCAUGACACUAACUCCUUAGGAGCACACGUGUUCCUAAGUUGAAAAAAUAAGGAGCACACAAAAAACUUUAGGGGCACAAUGAAAAAAAAAUGUAUGUCUUCUUGGUUGAAAUAAGUACUAGUAUUUGAAAUCUAUUUUAGGUAUUUUGGUCACAUGACAUGGAAGCUAUUAAAGAAAAUGUUCAAAAUGUGCCUUUAAAUUUAACAAAAACAUUUUUAGAGGGAAAAAUUAGGGAACUAAAGAGGUGUGUUUUAUUGGUCGCCAUAAGUACUAUUAUUUGAAAUCAAUUUUAGGUCAAUUGGUCACAUGACAUGGAAGCUACUGAGGGAAAACAACCUUAUCUGAGAACAUCAACCGGUAAUUUAUUGAAGGUCCCUUAAUCAACACCCGACCUUGACAGCAAGGAUACCGAGUAGAUUUAACCGCGCUGCUACUGCCGUUCCCGGUUAUGGAGAGUGAGGAGACGCCAGUAGAUCCUCAGUGAAUGUCCUUUGAAUAUCCAACCUAAAACUCACUUCACCUCAGUGUUCAUGAAAAAAAAAACAUUUGUUGCCUUGGCUAAUUUUUUUGAUGCGCACACAUCUAUUUUAGUCGCAAAUGCAAGCGAAAUGGUCGCACUGUCGAGCCCUGAUAAAACACAAAACAAUACAAUAAGACACUUUAAAGUAUGGUAUGAUACAGUUGUUAAGAUGGAGUAUCAUAAAACACAGUACAAUCCAAUAUGAUUUCAAGCAAUAAAGUAUGAUGCAUCACUAUAGGGUACCAAACCGUAUGAUAUGGUACAUUACAGUACAUUAUGAUACGUUACAUUAUGAUAUGAUAUUAUAUAAUAUGUGAUACGAUGUGAUGUGAUGUGAUAAGAUACAACAUUAAACGAUCUGGUAAAAUACAAUAUAGUAAGAAAUAUUACAAAAUGGUUUAAUACAACUGUUUGGACAUGGCAUGAUAAAGUUCAAUACAAUAUGCGAUACAAUGCACUGCCACUGGGCACAAUAAGAUUUAAAGUAAUACGCUAUGAUAGGACAGGACAGAAUUUCCAGUAUGGGUAUCCAAGUAUUGUCUAUGUGAAGUCAAUCCUUCACAACUGCCGCCCUGCAGGGGGCGAGAAGUAAUGACACUAAACACAAAAAGAAAGAAAGCGCCAUCUGCUGUUUAAAUACAGGUGAUAGUAUUUAUCUUCAUCUAACCAAUUACAACUGUUCACUAGUGUUUAACUGUCUCAUGAGGUAACAUUAGAUCCCUAAUCUUCCCUGUAACAGGUCAGAAAUGCGACAUGGAUCUAGUUCCUCCAAUUAAAACAAUAAUAAUUAGACUUACAGAUAUAAUUACUGCCACUGCCACAAGCAAUUACAAGUUAAUUACUGUUGCAGUCAAUGAAGGUCUCGCCAUGAACACUAAGUAUAACAUUCAUUAACUUCGUAUUAGUGUGGAAAGCUAUCCAACAACCAAAUAUUUUUUUAAGAUGUGCAGUAUAAGAGAGUUUAAGUUCAGGCUCAUACUGGCAUAACAGACUUUACUGUCAAACUAUCAAAGGUAUGCACAUCCACAUCACCCACACACACACACUCACACACACCCACACCCACACUCUUAUGCAACCACCACUGGUGGUGAUGAGCAGUCAGUGUGCUGUAGGUCAUUGUCAUUUAAUUGAAUGAUUCACUGCGUGUGUACUAAUGAGCUCAAGGGCCUAAUGAUAAAUGACAGUUCAUUCAUGCAUGCUCACACACGUGCACACUCAUACACACACACCCUCACAUCAUUGGUACCUGCUGCAUGUGUGCCAUUGAAAUGCAGAUCUAAUGAGUCAGAUCAGAGAGGUUAAGUUCAAAGACACUGAAGGCACGGUCCAUUUAUUCAUCUCUCCUUUUUUCCUCUCCUUCCCUUUUGUGUUUUUUCUUCCUCUUCCUUCAUGUGGGCUUCUCUCGAGUGUUCAUCUUCUGCUCUGUUUAAAUAUUCAAUUUAACUUGUACUUUCCCUCUUUCCUCUCAUCUUUUCUGUCUGCUUCCCUUUAUUGUAGUUCUACCCUCCCCUGUUUUGCCUCGCUCUGCCUUCUUUUCCCUUUCCUCUCCCGGAAAAUGCAGAGCUCGGCAGAAACGCCGCCAGCUGCCUGACCAAUAAUCCCCUUGUUUGGCGUCUUGUUGCUGUUUUCACCAUCGCCCCAAAUCGAUGUUUAAUUAUCCCGUGACACGCCCCCAUCCCCCGUCCCCUCUCUCUAGUUUUCCUCCUCUCCAUCCACUAUCCCCUUCUCUUCCUCCUUCCUCCUGCCCCACAGUGUAACCUUGAGAUCAUCAUGGAUGAAGAGAAGAGUAAUUAAAAAGACACAUGACACAUAGCAAGAGAUGAAAACGGAGGAGAAGAGAAAGGAAAGCAUGGCAAAAAAGAAGAGAAGGGAUAGAGGAAAAGAGGAAAGAAAGGCAGUGGGUUGGAUGGGAAACCUUGGAGGAAGGAGGGAGGGUGAGCGGUGCAAGGAGAAAGACAAGAGGAUGAAGGGGGGAUUUGGAUGGUAAGCAGGGAUAAGGGAUGGUGGAUGGAUUGCUUCCCUCAACACUCAAUGAAAUAUGAGUAAACAAAUUCUUCAUUAAUGAUGGAGUUCCCAUCAUGUGCUCUCACAGGCUUAAUAUCUGAGCAUGCUUAAUCUGUGUCUUAAUCUGCCUGCUGGUGUUGCACUCAGACCCUCUAAAGUGAUGUCUGAACGGCAGUCCAUGACUCCUAACAUCAAUAUGAAGAAUCAUUCAUUUAAUCAUUGCUUCCUCUACAUUAUGACAUGAUUAUUUUAGAUCAAUGGUAAUUCAGCUCUGAAGUCAUUCAUGAAAACUCAAGUCUGCACUAGUAUGGAAGUAUAGAGUUUCAUAAUAUUUCCGUAAACCAGCAAAGUGGACACUAAGGUCCUUACACACGGGGAACGACACAAAUAUACAACGCAAAAUUACAAAAUAUUCUGAGACGAAUUUUGAUGCGCCUGACUAUACGCACCAAGCGCGAUGCGGCUUUGCGACUCAAUUCUGAUUAGACACUAGUGUUCAGAUGGCUGUCUGUCAGGAUAGCAUGUACUGAGUCAGUACCAGAUAAGCACAUUAAACUAUAAUCCAUAAACAUAAGGUAACAACAGUGAGACAGUGAAAAUACAUAUGGUAUGUUGUAUCUGAACAGGUUAGCUUACGAGCUAAAGUUACUUAGCACAGAUGAAAGUUAAAACAAAGACGUUUAGCAAACUGUUAAAGUACACAAACCAUCGUCAUAUGAGAAAUCAGACACUAUGACUCUCCACAAGUUGUCCUUCAGGUCGUUAUCUUUGUAAUGUUUGUGUCUUUUAUAAAAAAAAAACUCAGUUCUCCGACACGUAAACAAUCAGCCGGUCGGCCAUGCUGGAUUUACCAGUGAAUCUAAAGUCGCAACAACACAAAAUCUGAUUGGUCAGAAGUGGGCACACAGUAUGCAAAACUUUAGAAAAUUCGACCGUGAUCUGAAAAAAAAAAGCCGCAAUAAUAGGACGGGAAAACAUUGCUGAUGUGAACGCUUGUAUUGACAGGAUAUGGGUUUGAAAAAAUAGAUUGACGAUGAAAUAAUCGCACGAAAAAAACGCACCCGUUGUGAAAGGACCUUAGCAGUACAAACAUGCAUAUGUAGGUUGAAAUACUUCAUGAUGACUAUUAUAAAUUGUAUAUUCUGUUAUAAACUAGGCACCCAAGUAUGGAAAUGAUUGAAUUAUAACACCAUACUGAUUGAAAUAUGACACUUUUCUUUCUUACAAGUUAAUCGAAAAAAAAAGGGUUGACCUUUAAUCUGGUUAAAUAAUUGCUUCGAGGCUUAUUAAUAAUCUCUCAUGCUCGUAUUGGUGUGAGUAGAGGCAAAUUUUAAAGAAGAUGUAGCCAGUCAUACGACAGUUGGCUCUUCUGAAUGGUUUCUUGGUUUUUCUGAAUCAAUUUUGAACUGGGAAAUUAUAUAUUGCAAUGUAUUGAUAAUUGGAUUUCUUUACACAGUCCCACCAAAAUACAUACGGAUCUUAGUCAGCACUUAUGAUUAUUAGUAUUUUUAUCUUGCAAAGGGCGGAGAAUAUUUUAGGAUCGAUAGCUAAAGAGCCAAGUCUCACAGUUUCCUGUCAGUGAAAUCAGAUCUAAUAAAUUGAGUGUAAUGCAGCUCCGUUUGGUUCAGCCUUAAGCUUGAAUGAGAUUCAGAGAGUAUCCAAGACUUCUGUCUUUGUCCGGUUUGCAUCUGUGUUACACUUGAGUAUGGUACAUAUAAACGACUGCUAAAACCGAGUGAGUGUUUCUUUAUAACUAUUAAACUCCCCCCCCCCCCUCGGUCUAUUAUUGGCAUUGGUUGCUUUAGCCUCCACAUCCGGAUUGAAGCCUUAUCCUGUUAUCCUGCAACCAUGAGGGUGGGGGUGCGGGGUUAAGGGUUAUUAAGGGUGGUUAGGUUUAGGAUUAGGGACAGGAUCAAGAGGGUUAGAGGAAAUCAAUCCAAUGCCGUACAAAAAAGAAGAAAAAAAAAAAAAAAAGAAAGAGAACUGUGACAGACGAGAUGCUCUCAAGGGCCAGAAGGCACUUUGUUAAACCGGUCAAAAUGAAAGUAACAUGACAUUCACUUUAAGAUGAAAGUUAACUAAAUAACAGAUCUGGUUCUUUUAAAUAAAGUCUGACGUCGUUUAUGUUAUCUACAUGAGAAUCAAGGCAAAAAAAAAAAGGUAUAUAGGCUAAGUUUGAGAUUGUCAACAAAUAUUAAGGGGUUGCAAGAAAAGAGUAAGGAUUUUUACGGUAAAGCGACGUUUGAAAAGUCACUUUAAAUAUUAAAUAAAGUAUAGGAUAGUAAUAAGAGUAUAAAAAGCUUUUUGAACCUCAUCUGCCAACUUUGCAAACUUUAAUGGUAACAUGUGAAUAAAUUGUGGAACAAGAUGAUUAAUUUCCUGUAUUUUCUACAUCAAAAUUCCAUUAUGUUUUAACCCUCAUCAUUAUUCCAGCCUUGAAUAGUUCCCUCUUUGUGGCCUGUCUGUCAAAUAGAACUGCAUUUUCCUCCUAAUAAACAAAGAAAUGAAUGUCUUUAAAUAAAAACAUCCCAUCUAUUUUAAUGCAUUUCCUUUUUUCUGUGUAGAAACCUCUCUGCCAUUAAGCUGUCUAUUAGUCUGUGCAUGUUGUGCUCAGUGUGUCAUAUAGAGCAGGAACCGGACACAUGAAGUCUUAAUGACAAACACGUCUUGUUUGCCGGUCAUAUGAAACAUGAUUACAACACAGAUAUUGACGUGCUCUGUGGGUGUCAAGGAUAUCAGGGAGCGAUCCAUCGGUUUCCUGUAGGUAUAGACUUGAAACAUAAUGCUCUCUCUCUCUCUCUCUCUCUCUCUCCCCUCCUCAUUUAGUCCUACUUUCUUUAUUCUUCCUGCUAUUCUCUAGCUUGAUCACUCUAUUAUUCAUAUCCUUGUCCUCUCAUCCCUUUCUGGGUAUCUUCUUUUAUUUCUUCUUGUCUUCUCAUCCUAGAUUCCCUCUAUAAAUAAACAGACAUGCCUUCACACUUACGCAUCCAGAGCUCUGGUCUCAUCCUGUUUUAUAUAUUUCAAAUGACGCAUGCAAUAACAUUGAUUUGCAGAAUUCGCAGUUAGCAGCUAUUGUCUGAAUCCUCGGUACAUUUCUCCAUUUAUAGUAAAGCCAGUAUCCAUGCGAUGCUUAGUCGCAUUGUUAUGUGGCAUAUUUCCUCUUAGGUAAAGCUGCACAUCAUGGGGGUGGUGAUGUUGAAAAAUAAGGCACAUUUUGGAAGUGAAAAUAAAUCUGCAGUUCUUUGAGGGUUCACUCAAGGCUGGCUUCAAAAAAGCCAAAGAAUUUGGUCGGAUGUUAAAAUGCCAGUUUUUAUAGCUGAAUAAAACACUUUUACAACCUGGUUGAGGAAUUGUGUUGAUCUUAAAAGCUCAUUUCCUUUUUCAUGACAACUGUGUGGGCGUUUCAUUGAACAAAAAAACAAACAUCCCUUUUUGAUGAUAUUGGGGCUAAGCGCUUAAAAGUAUCUCCACCAUUAGAGGUUGGUUCAUUAAUAGACAUAAUCAGUCAUUCAAAUAAUGACUAAUAAUCAAUCGAUUUUGGUCUGAAAAUUCUGAUGGGUCCAUGCAGGAAAAUCUCAUCAUGCAAUCCAGAAAUACCAGAUAUAACUCUCAUACCCUCAGAACAAAAACACAGCAGCAAGAGAGAGAGAGAGGGGGCACCACAGCAUCUUUGACGACAAAACUGCAGCUGACUAAUGCCAUCACACACACAAUGUCAAUCUGGCGACAUAUAUUUUCAUACCAAUAGCGCCACCAAAUGGCAGUGUUCAAGAUCUCACGAUAUCAAAUACUCAAGAUCGAAACGACGUGACAAUAAUAAAAACACAAAGGCGUGAACGGCGCACACCCAAUACACAGCAAUCAAGAUACAAAGCAACCACACACAAUAUAUCGCAGUCAAACAGCCAUUUUAGCACCAAAGACAGGUGGAAACUUCCAUAAGGAGCCCACACCCACGCACGUACCGCCAGUUACGCAUUACAUAAAUUCCACUUUCAUUCAAACAAAAUGUAAAGAAUAAUAGACUCACUGAUGUGGAUCACUUUUUGAGGAGGAAUGAUGCUCUGCCGUCUUUCAUGUGCGCAAUCUUCUCUGUGACGUUGCUGUAAAAUCCAACAGUCCAUCGAUGAGUUCACUUUGCCAUGUUGCGUUACCGAGCUGAGCUUGAGAGACCUGUGCAGUUCCCACUCUUUCUUCUGAUCAGCCAAUGAGAAGUGCUCUGGGGCCCUGAACGUCAGUCGUUCGCCAUCUCGACUGUGCUCCACCUAGCAGAAACAGAGGCACAAUUAAUUAUUCGCACACAACAGCGAGUUUCUACAGAGUGUGGGAAAAUUGCAAUCAUCAAAUAAUAACAGCAGAGAUCUUAGUGUGGACAAAGUUGAAUAUUUUAUCAAUUUAUACUCAACGACAUUUUUGACACAGGAAAACUUAAACGCUUAUAAUCCUGUCCUCCACCGGCCCCUGAUGCAACAACGCCAUUGAUGAGGGUAGUGAUUAGUUGUUGAUCAAUUUGGGCCUAGAUCUGAUAUUUGAGUUUGAAGUAUUGAAAUUCCUUACAUUGUGUUAGAAAUAUACACAAGGACUGCCCUCUAUCUGCUGAAUCAGGCAAGUGCGGUUAUUUUUUCUACUGGUUGAUCUGGUUGUUGGUGGCUUAUGUGGUCCUUCAUAACCAAAACCUAAUAAACUUUUACAAUACACAACUCAGCAAAAAGCUAAAUGGGAAUAAGUGUGCCAACUGCUGCCAACAUUAGUGAGCUACGAUUGAUUAAUGAUAAAUAGGUGGUAUCACUGAGACCUGAUCCAAGGUCUACACACUUUAUGAUGCCAACUGCUGGUCACUCACCGUCUCAAAUUGUGGAGCCUUUUCAGUCAAUCACUCCACUCCAUAGUGAACCGCUGUUCUUCAAAUAAAUGAUUUUGACCGAACGAUGGAUCAGCUGGUAUGAAGUGGCACUGCUAAAUCAGCAAGCCUUGCUGUGCAUCCACCAUGAUCUGUGUAGCUACUUCUUCGUCGAGUGCUAAUUUCUAGCAAAAAUACAAAGCUCAGAAAAGGCUCCCUUUGAAUUUUAAAUUGGCAGUGACGGGCAAGCUGCUUGUAAAACGUAGACAGCAAAGCUACUACUAGCCAUUAAAUUUCACUUCACUACACCAAAGCUACCCUUGAAUGACAUGUAGAAAGCCAAGCUACAACAAGUGCAAUUUAGGUAGCUAUCAGUUUAGGAUGAUGAUGAUACAUGAGGAUGUCACAACACAAUGUAAGAAAAGGAGGUAUUCUUGUUUCAUGCACUGGUUUGAGCAAUGCUGUGCCGAUCUGACAUUUUCAUCCGCAGCUAAACCAGUUUUGUCUUCUUAGUCAUGUUCCACAUUCUCCAUAGUCACGAUUUGGAUCUGAAUCAGACAACAACCUCUAUGAGUUUUGUACAACUUUAUAUGUCCACAUGAGAAAAAUAGAAGAGAAAGUAUGUUCACAAGAAAAAAAAAGCAGGGAAACAGAGAGAGAUGAUUCAUAUAGAUUUCUCUGAAAUCAAUUUUCACCAAUAAAAAAAGACCUUCUUACAAGAUGACAACAUGAGAGGAAAUUAUUUUAUUUUCUCCUUUUUUUCAGUCUAAUCAAAGAGCACUGAAUGAACAGGGUCUUUAAUAGAGGUCACUGAGUUUAGAUGCACUUGUUAUGCACACACCAGGGCAAUGCAGAGAGGAGGUUCAGAGAGCUUUUUGUAGAUAAGGACAAGCUUUUGAGACUGAACACCAAAUGCAGAUAGUACAAAGAAAGCAGAAAAAGAAAUGAGGGCUGUUUCUGUGUGUGUGGGUAUAUAAGUGUGUGUGUGUGUGUGUGUGUGUGUGUGUGUGUGUGUGUGUGUGUGUGUGUGUGUGUGUGUGUGUGUGUGUGUGUUAGAGGAUGACAUUUUUCGGGAAUUCUCGUGGGUCACGUGAUUCCCACAGGAAUCCCAUGGGAUGGGAGUCAUUUUUUAAUCAAUUUUGUGAUCGGGACAGGUCGGGGAAAAAAAGCAACAGGAGCAGGAACAACAUUAAUAGAUGAUCAUUUUCAGUUAUGUUAAACAACCAGAUGAACAGAUGCGUCCAUUUUUGUAGUCAUCUCUCAGCGAGAGCCAACACUCUUGAUGGCGCUAGCAACACAAAAAAACUACAACAGUGGUUUGACUUCCUGUCACCACCGGAAGUGAAAAAAAGAAGAAAAAGAAGUGAAAAUUAUGUGUGUCGCUGCUGGCGACGAGCGACUGCUGCUCCGACUCGGCUGCCACUUUUCCCUAAUUUUUUUUAUUUUAGGUAAAAGUACUUUUACCUAAAAUAAAAAUGCAACGUUAUUUUUUCACGUUUGGUUUUAUUCAAACUGGAGCGGGACAGGAGUUGGAGUAAUUUUGAGUGGGAGCGGGAUGGUAGUGGGAGUCAUUCUGCGGGAGUGGGACAGGACAGGAUAAAUUUUUUUUCUCCGGUCCGGGAUUGGGAUGGGACGGGUUUUUUUCUCUGGGAGUGGGACGGGACAGUAGUGAAAAUCCGCUCCUGUGUCAUGCUCUAGUGUGUGUGUGUGUGUGUGUGUGUGUGUGUGUGUGUGUGUGUGUGUGUGUGUGUGUGUGUGUGUGACAAAGAGAGAGAAAGAAAGUUUAAUAAGUAAUGGCAUCUGGAAUUGUUUUAGCAUCUCCCUAACAAAACAAAAACAAAAAAAACAAAAACACCUAGCUACCUUGAUAUAAAUAUUUGAUCAGUAUUUCUGAAUAAUUUGCUGUGCAGUUUCACAGAGCACUAAUCAGUUAUUUAUAACAUCUGCCUGAGACACGAGUACAGGGAGUUUAAGGAUGCCAAAGGCAGUGAAUUGUUUCCACCAACCUCUUCAAACACAAAAUCAAUUUGAGCAAAGGGAUGCUGCGGAGGAUACUCUACUCUGUGUCUUCAAUACAAACUGACACAAUGUUAAUUUGUUUACCACAAUUGACAGUACAGCUGAUGAACUUGGCACUUAUACAUGUCAGUAAGUCGGAGAGGUGUAAUGAAAACAAGUGUGCUGACAUGAGUAGUUAAGCGACAGAACUUUGUUGUAAAUUAUGCACUCUUUCUAAAUCAUAAUAAGAACCUUUUUUGGCUCACUAUGUACCAUAAAAUGGUACACUGGCUGUUUAAUUGGUGAAAUACGCUGUAAUUCUGAGAUUAAUUCCGCCCUUUACAGACACAAGUCAUUACAUCCAAAAUAUAGUUUAAUAAUCUCCCCAUAAAACCUCAGCUAACAGCCGAACGGCCCACUCAGUAUAUCACAGACCUUAGAAGCACAGAUGCUAUCUUCAAGUCUGCAUUAACAUUUGCAUCUGUGGUUUUCCUAUGAAGCAUUGGGCAUGAACAAGUGGCCUCAUUUACCCUUGUGCAAAUGAGACAUACUAAGUCUUUAUAACUUUGAAGCUUGAGCCAGUUAUCCGUAAUUAAAUGCCCACAGAAAUGCGCCAUGCACACAAGAGAAGUAAAAUAUGAGUUAAAGUUUGUUACAUGUUCUGUUGCAUCAGCAGUAGAUAUAAAAUAAAUCUACAAUCAUCUCAUGCAGAUAGUUUGUAUCAAACGUUUAAUCAGACACCUGGGUCAGAGCCAGAACUGUAGUUCUUGUGCUGCUUAAGCUCAGUUGUUUGAGCAAGCACCACACAGGCCGUAGUCCUUGUUGCACAGGUCACAGGAUCUAUGUUCGCAGUCUACAGGGGUCAAACAAUUACAGUUUUUCAAUGGCUGAUGCUGAUGCAGAUUGAAAGAGAAGCUUGGUUGAUGGCAGAUCUAUAAUGUCAAUAUCAAAUUAUGUUUUUUCAAUAAAACAACAGGAUCAAUAUUGAUUAAAUCAAGGAACUGUUUGAUUAAAUAAAUAUAGACAGAAAAAUAUUUGUCUCAAUACAUUUUUGCCAGAAGGGACUCUUGGAUAUGAAAUUAGUUGCACAGUAAAUAUUUACAUCACUAUCAUUAAACUGCAUUAUUCUAUACACCACACAGUUGUGGAUUUGAUAUGCUGUUAAAUGCUAAUAAUGAUGAUAUUAAACUCGUGAGGUUCGAUGCUGAUAUAAUGAUUAUAACAAACUGCCAUUAACCCGUUAAAUGCAAGUCAAUACCUACAAGAAGAAGUUUAAGGUAGGAAACCUUUCAAGGUUAUGUGUGUCCAGGGUUUGUUGAUGCACAUGGGGAGCAAAUGUGAUUAAAACUAAAAUACAUUUAUGUCUCAAGACAAAAAUAAAACAAAAUCUAAAAUUAACACCAUCAGAGCACACAAGUUGGAAUGGAAAUUUGACAAAAAUGAUCUUUAAAAGAUUUUUUUACACUCAAAAAAGUGGAUUACACAGUAACAGCAAUGAGAUGAAGAGUUUUGGCUCUUUUAUUACACGAGUAGUUGAGUAUAUUCACACGGACAUUUAAAGAUCUGAAGUUCUUGGGCAUAAAUGUAUAUUAGGGCUGAAACAAUUCCUUGAAUACCUCGAGUACCUCGUUUACAAAUAAUGAUUGAGGAAUUUUCUCUGCCUCGAGUACUUGUUUAUAAGCUCGAUGUUUCGCACAGAUUCUUUCGAAAGGUGACACAAUGCGCUUAUGUCACCUCGGUAGAAGGAGGAGUAAGCGCUGCGGAGCGGAAAAAAAUGAUGAGAGGGGCUUUUCUUGCAGUGUUGCCAACCUAGCGAUGUUAGCGACUUUUUGCGCUUGUUUUGCGCUUGUCCUCUAUUUUUCCGAGUCUGGCCUUCAUUGGGGAUUGGGGGCUAUAGGAAAUCUAACUUCAUGUGAGUCUGCCGUUUGGGUCCAACUACUCAAGUAAUCGAUGGAAUAUUCGGUAGAAUACUCGAUUACUAAAAUAUUCAAUAGCUGCAGCUCUAAUGUAUAUCACAUUUAAAGUUAUCACAAAUUAACAAAUCUUUGUUUAUAAACUGUCUAUAAAGCUGUCCUUUACAUUGAUUGUACUGUCACACAAGCCACAAACAACACAGUUAACCUGCACCACUUCACACUGCAGUAGAUUUUUUAUGUAGAUGGGAGUUUGCCGUUGCUAAAAACCAGCAGACACCCUGUCCACUAACAAAAGCACCAACAACGGGCACACAGGCAUCACAACCAAACCCAAGAGCGAUGGAAAAAGGAGUGUUGGAGGAACACAAUAACUUAAAAUUGGUCUGUAGAUUCCCUAAAUCUCAACCUAAACCGGCAGGGUUCUUGGAAACUGCAUAAGUGAGUUUUAGGAAAAAGUUGAAUGUUGAAAAUGAGGCCUGAUAUUUGUAAUCUUGCUGCUAAUGCCCAUGUCUGCCUGACAUUUAAAGGUAAUUUUUAGAGCUGUUUUCACACCAACUUCUUCUCUCUUAGGUCCAAAUGACAUCCAGCAGACAAUUAUAGCUCUCAGUGUAGUGUUCUUUGAUCCCCGUUUACAUAAACAUUUCUUAAGCACUUUGCCUGAUGCUCUUAUCCGGAGCGACUUACUUCAAAGAGGUGCAUACAUUCAUUUUCAUUUCGCUUUUAUUUCGCUCAUUUUCAUAUUAUUAAUAUUCGAGGCAGGGAGAGAAGGAAAUGUAGGGCAGGGGGAAGAGUUAGAAGCAAGGAGGAACAGUAGAAUGCAGAUAAUAAAGGGAGAGUUACAGGUUAGAGUUGAGGAAAGAUAAAAGAAAAGAGGUGGGAAGAGGAGGGAAAAGAGAGAGUGACAAUGGGGGGAACGGUGAAGGAGUGUGGAAGGGCAGGGAGCAAGAUAAAAAGAGGAAGGGAGAGGAUGGGGAGAAAGGUGAAAAGAAGACAAAAGGUGGAAAAAGAGUGGGGGGAUAAAAGAUAAAGACAUAACGGAGCAAAGGAGACAAAGAAGAAAGAGAGGAAGGAAGGAGGCCUCAUUAGGAGCAAGGACUCAGGCUACGCUACACAGAGGACCUACUGCCAGGGGUCCCACUGAACAGGAUCCACUCACAAACACCAUCUCUUAUUCAUCCACAUUGAGAGAUGAAGGUGCAACGAACUCAGACGACUAAAUGGUACAAAAACAAACUCUGCACAUAGACAUACACUUAUGUGCAAACGAAAACGCACACAUAUUGAGAGUUCAGUUGAGCUAGAAGACGUACACCUAGAUGGAGUGCUGCCAGUGGGAAAUCAUCAAAAGUACAUGACAGGUUGCUGAGGGUUGACUUUCCUCUGCACUUGUAUUUCACCAUCUCUCACUGGUAUCCAUAUCACUGCCUGGUGUUUCUCUGCUACUGGAACACAGUGAUAUGCGGCUUUGUCCUGGAUCAUGUCAGUCCAAUAAAAAAUAAAAUAAAAUCAAUUUGGUGGUUUCUCUUGUUGAAAGACAGUGAAGAACAAGUCUGAAUGUUUGCAAACAAAAGGGGUAUGAAGCACUUCUGGGUGACCAAAGCGAUCACAGAAGUGGCUUGCUGAGUUUGGAAGGAUGCCCAGACAAUGGGCAGUCUGGAGCUAACAACUCCCUUGUGUCUGGAAAUAUAUUUGGGUUUGUUUUGUGUUUCACUAGAGGAAUGUACAGCAACAGGGAACUUGUUUUCUCUCCUGUUUUAAAAUCAAGGUUCUGAUUAGUCGGAACCAAUUUAUGAAGAGUGGACCGCUUUGAUUUGAGACUGCAGGAUUGACUCAUAUCAUAUCAAUCAGCAGAAAAAAGAAAAUAAAUAUGGCUAAUUGAUGGUCCAUAUGCUAUAAGGGAAAACAAGAGAGGUCUUAAAAGACAAAAUGAUGUAUGCCAUGACUGUGAAAUUAACAUCAUUGAAGAAGGUAAGGUUAGUGAGACACAACAUUAAAGCUCCUGUGAGAAACUUUUGAUUUGUGUCAUAUUUGGCGCCCCCCUGUGGACAAAGCAGUCUUUGCAUAAGAGGACAAUUUAAGAAGUAUUGUUAGACAAAAAUUUAAUGCAUCAGACUUUUCUCAGUCAAAUGUAUCAUCCACUGCAAAUAUUUUAUAUAGUAACUAUUAAAAAGAAGAUAGUUUCCUCAGCUGCUCAGCUGACACCUACCACCUCCCACCAGUUUGAGGCAUUAAAUAUAACACUGUGAACGCAGGCAGUCUUGUCAUUGAUUGUCUUGUUUGUUUUUAAUGGCAUCUAUGUGAAUUUCCUCUAUGCAACAAACUUUAAAAACUCAUAACACAAGCUUUAAAGGGCCAAAUCAAUGCUUAUUUUUCUUGUAGUUUUAAAAAUUAUGUCUUCAACGUUUAUCAAUUUGUUCAUUUUUCAGAAGCUCGUACUUUUCAAGUUUAAAAAGUAGCACAACAGAGUAGCAACAAUCUUUUGUAAAGCAUAACUCCUUUAUGAGGGAAUGGGAAACAAAAAUACUUAUCCUAAGUUGCAGCUUGAAGUUCUGCAAAAAAGGAAAAGUGUUGCAUUAAAAUGCAAAUAAACCUUGAGACACUAUUUUAGGAUGAAGCCCAAAUGGUUAAUUUUAACACAAGCCCCACCUCUAAUGAGGCACAAAGCUAACCAUAGUUAAAGAUUGUGGGGUGACAUCCAGGAGUGGCCAAUCAGAUUUAAAUGGAGCCCCUGUGGACAUUGCCCUGACCAACAGCAUGAGAUGACAGCGCUGAAUAAUUUAACAGUGGUACCCAGGUGAGAAAACAUAAGCUGUUCCUGCCUUCUCAAUCUGGGUAGCUCACUUCUUGCUAUUUUUGGAAGUGAAGAUUAAAUAAGUCUUCUGAGUGCAUGAAAAAUGAUAUUACACGAUGAUAGUGUUUUUUAGAGCAUAGUCACCAGCAAUAAAAGCACUUGAGCUGUUGAAAACUUCAAGUUGUUCCGCCAUGAUUACCACCACUGUUAGAACUAUGAAUAAGCAUAUCGAGGGUUUCAAAGGAUGGAUCUUUCAAUGACGGCGUACUCAACCUACAGUAAAAGACAGGCAUUAUGAAGUUUGAUGACUCUUAAUCCUGGGAUAUCACAUCAAACAGAAUGUGCAUUGUUUCAUUUCAAUCAUUCUACUCCGGUAAAUAUCUAUUCACUUAAUUGUUGUAAGUGGUGUACUUCAUCUUCUGUUCGUGACUUGCGUUGUCAGGCUUUUACUGUUCAUAGCCUCUUGUGCUGAAAGGUUAAUCUUUCCAAUGGUUGCGCAAAAGAGUGCCGGAGAACAUGAAGUGUUUGUGUUAAAAGGUCGACCAAUCUUCAAGAGGAGUUGGCUUUGAUUGUGAUGUUUCAAAGCUAAGGAUUUUAUGGCUCUCCCGUGUCCUGAGCUAAUAGCCUCACAUGGGCACUGAGCAAUCACCGCUAAUUGUUGAAAACAGCGUCCUCGUCACUGCUAAUAGGCUCAUGUCUCAGUUUCAGUCUCUUUUAAUUGGGCCAUUUGAGUUUGUUAUAUUCCACUGGGGUGUGUGCCUGAGUAUGUGUGUGACUCAGCAUGUACACAUAUGCGUGCAAAUGUGUGGAAUCUCUCAUUUAUUACUGAAGCCAGUGAGAAGUCUCCAUCCAUCCAUCCAUGUCCUGUCUCAAUCUCUGUCUUCCCUCCACCUCUCUGCUUUUAUACAGCAGGAAGCCACAGUAAUGACCAGCUCUUAAAUAUCCAGCAUACACACUCUCCCAGUUAUAUGAGCAAGACCUCAGCACACACACACACUCACUCACACACAGCCAUGGGAACACACAUAGAAGGUGUGAGUGCUUAUUAUGAGGCUCAUAAAAAGGGAUAUGGAGAGUGCAAGGACAGAGAAGAUAGAUGGAAAGAGGCAUUGCUCUGCAGAGGAGAAUAAUCACAAGCUACUGAGUCUGCACCGCGCUGCAUUUGAUCGUAAUUUACAUGCAUGAAUGUGUGUGUCUGUGUGUGUGAGGAGUCAACUUGGUGUGCAUCUGUACACAGAUCUGCAUGCAGCCAAAUAGUAUAGUUCAUCGUCUGCGUAUAUGCACACUCGAGUGCUUCUUGUUGCAUAUGUGUGCACAUAAUGAGAAAUAAAUUAUUAAUAAAUUAUAUGAAGGCUGCCGUUUGCAUCAGUGUGUGCUGCUGCAAGCAUGUGUGUGUGCAUGUGUACGGGGCUUUGGUGCAGAUAAAUUUUGAUUUAAUAGUGUUGUUGCAUUUGCUGACACUGCAUUUGCAUAAGCUUAAGUAGAUCAUUCUCUGAGACAGCAUGAAUAGGGUGUAAACAUAUAACAGAGUCAGCCCCUGUCAGUCCCACACGUCAGUAUUAAUGUGUUAUUUCCUGUUUUCCAGCUCCUGAACUCGUUCUCUCUUCCACUUCCUUCAUUUUUACUUCUUUGUCUCUAGCUUUUCAACUGCUAUUCUUUCUCUCUUUAUCUGCACAUUUUUGGACUGUAUCUCUUUUAUCUUUGUCCUACUUUAUGCAAGUUUAUUUUCUUCAUUCAUUCUUACAGGAAGUGAAUGAAUUUUAAAUUCCUUUGGUUUUAAUGCAUGCACUAGAAAUUAGGGCAGGACUGGAUUAGCCAAACAAAAAAAACUUACAUUUCCGGGGAUGUGGAUGUAUGAAGGGCUUUGAAACCGAAAAGUUUUUGAUGCACUGAAAGAGCAAUGAGACUAAUUCUAGUUACUGUCCACUUACUCUGUCCCAAAAACAAAAAAAGUUUAUGCUAUUGUAAACUGAAGCUGUAGACCUGUACCAGAUUCUGCAGUGAUGACUCAGCCUUAUUCCUUUACACGGUGAAAGUCGUAAAAAAAAGUUUAUGUUCGGCUGAAUUAAUGAACCAAAAUAUGUGUUCAAACUUUGACAGUACCUUGGUUUGUGGCUAAUUGUUUGCUGAUUAAUUGCAUCAAAAGAUUAUCUUACAUAAAACGUUCAGAGAGGUAUAUACUGAAUGCACCAUGGAGGUUUUAAACUAUUUUAUGUGGUAUAUAGUGUGCCUAUUUCAAAUCGUACACGAUGUGGCAAUCAAUGCAAGAUCCAAAUUACCGAAAUCUUUUCAUUGCAUCAAAACAAUCCUUUGCAGAUACAAUAUAUUUGAUAUGAAAGUGUUAUCUUGUUGUUCCUGGUUUGCAUCAUCUUUGCUAUUAGGCGUUGAGUGUUUUGAUUAAUCAGAAUGAAGUAUUUAACGCAGCAAGUUGAUUAAGAAAGUGGGUAAUAAUAUUCAUUUUGAGCACUUACAUCAUUAGCAUACAUAAUAAAGCAUCCUUUUGUGCAUUUUUUUUUUCAUUCAGUGGCUUGUUGUUAAAGCUAGUUCACAUUAUUUUUUAUAGGGCCUGAACCCAAGUCUUCCAGACUAACCUUCAUCCUGUGUUUGCUUUUAAAUCAGCUGUAAAUUUCACUAAAAAUAAUUCUCUAUCAUCCAAUUUGGUUCUCAUCUUUAUGUUACCUUGUUAGGCUUCAUUAUCCAUGAAAAUAUUGCUUAUAAUAUUUUUUGUUGUGGUCCUCUGGGCCUUUCUUUGUCAGUAUACCCCUCACACAGACAUCUAUACUGAAUUGAUCUCACGUGUCUGGACACGUGAGAUCAUCAGUUCAUCAAUUUUUUUGCUCUAAUUAUUAGAUAUUGAUCUAACCAGGUCAACAGCGACCCUAACACGACAAGUGCCAUAAUUUAAAUAAGAGCAUCUUAUAAUUUAGUGCAUUUAUUUAUUUAUUUUAUUUUUAUUUUGUUGAAAUAGAGGUUCCUGACAAGGUCAAAAAGUCUUGAUGCAAAAAAGCAAAUUUAAGUGGUUCUAAAAAAAAAAAAAACACAGAAGGAGGGCUAAAGAAGUAUUUGUGCUGGUUUGAACCAUCCAUUCACCCUGAAUGGAUUUAAUGUUGUUUAUGUAUAGACUGUAUAGACUGUAUAUCCAUGGCUGAAAUCCUUAUUUCUAACACUUUCUCUUUGUAUGCCGUUACAUGAGCGACCAAUCCAGUUGCAGUCUUACAAGUAUUUUGCAGGGCUUCAUCUCAGGGACCUGUUCACAAUAGUGUUCGGUUAAAGAGAGGAAGCACAACCUGAUCUAACUUAGAGUAACGCAUUUAUCAUCCAGCGCCAGUACCACACUGGGACAGACAGUUCUAACACAGGCCCUGAUCUUCUGCCUGACUACAUUGAACUGAAAACACGUUUUUUUUGCUGGAGUUUCUAAAACCUCCAGCGUGUAUCGAGAAUAGCUUGUCAUUGAACUCAGAAGUCUAUCCCAGCCCUUACAAGACUCUUAAGCCAUUAACAAGCAUCAGCCACAGCCCUACUCUCUCCCCCUAUGGCCCACUUAGAUGGAUGUAAAAUUAGGCCUUAAUCCACCAGCUGAACUAAAUACAUGCUCCCUGGUGUCAGCACUGCUUAUUCCAUAAUAUUUCAUUUCUCCCCCUCAUUUACAUUCAUGUUCCCUCUUUUCCCCAUCCAGUGCACAAACUAACACUGCUAUUCUCUCCUCCCAUCUAUGAUAGAUGCGUUAUAUUUAGCACAUACCUCCUGCUGUCAACCCUAUACUUUAAAUGAAUUUAAUCUCCUCUCACUCUCUCCCACUGCUGUUGUGUCUCUGAUUCUCUUUUGCCCUCUUUCUCACUCUCUCUCUCUCUCCGUGGUUGAUGGGCCAUGGGCGGUUUGUGGAUCAAUAGUUGUGAUAAAUGGGAGGAAAUCUGGCGAUAGCUCUUGAAAAUCUAACCUAUUACAGCUGGUUUAGGAGCAAACUGGUUAAGUGUCUGUGUGUGUGUGUCUGUGUGUGUGAGCGUGAGCAUGUGUGUGUCAGAAUUACUUACAGACCAUCAGAGGCAGACAGGAAGAAAAGCAGACAGACAGGCUGUAUUACUUUGCUCUGCCGUGAGCCAGUUCAGAAAUGCAAUCCUUUUUCCCCGUGGAUACCAAUACCCUGUUGUCACUGUCCAGCUAUACAAAGAGGCUAUUUUAUUAUCCUUCGUUUUCAGAGACCCUAUUAUCACUCUUGUUUUUUCCCCAUUAUCUGACAUUACUGUGGCUCUGUUGUACAUCUCUGCCGUGCAUUCCUUUCACGCCAGCAGGCGAAAUCACCAAAUUAUAAAAGAUGAGAGACGCGGUGCUUGCAAUUACUUUGCAGAAAACACCAGCACCUUACUGCGGGGUACCUUAUUUGAAUGCAACUCCUAUUUUGUUCUUCAAUCUCAUGCAUUUCAAGGUCACAAAGAAGCAACAUGCCAUACAGCUCGACACAGAGAGGCUGCAAAGUGAAUCGGGCACGCAGACGGAGACAGAAAAACAGGCCGGCAAAGACAGGUGAAGGAGAAACAGAGGGUAUUUUCUCGGUAUUGAUAUAAAAAAAAUACAAAUAUUUUUAGGCACAAUGUAUCUACUGGACUACAAAUCACAUUAAUGUUCAACAUGUAAUCAUAAUAAUUAAUUAUAACAACACAAUGAAAACAACUCACUUUAUUGCACUUAAGUGUUUCUAAAUGGGCGCUGUAAGCCUAGACGGAACAAGACAGCCGUCACCACGUUGUAAUAAUGUGUGUGAGAGAGUUUGCUCUCCUUAAGAUCUUACAUGGGCUAAAAGAGGAUGAUUCAAAACAAAUAUGAUGAGCUUCUGGUCCAGCGGUUUUAUUACUCUGAAGCAAAAUAAACACAUAAAAAUGAACAGAGUUAUAGAUCUGGGCUCCUGGCCAAAAAGACAAGUAUGUUGACUGUUUUCUGCUCCAGCUGCUUGAAACUGGGUCACAAUCUUUAUUGCCAGCACCUGUCUUUGUGCAGCUCUGAACAUCAGUGCUCAGUGUAGUGAUAGCAGAUGUAUUUCCUGUCCUUUAACAAAAAUAUCUAUACCAGUGCAACUUUUGUAAACCAAGGAAGAACAUGUUUGACUCUUGGACUAAGCUCGAUGUUCAGAGACGUACAGAAGCACAGUUUAAGAGGUUAAAUAGUGGAACCAUCCUUUUAUACAGUGUGUUUAGGAGACACUCCACUGCUUGGUUAGUAAUUCUGAAUGUGACAUACAUGCAAGUGGUGACUCACUGGCAGGCCAAAGAGGAGCACAGCAGGACAGCUUUUAAAGUAAGUUUCUGGAUCAAUCUCAGUCAAUCUGUGGUUUCGAGCAGCGUGCAGAGUUUAUGUAUAGAGUAUGUCUACCUAAAAAUGUGAAAUCUGUGCACACAGGAGCAGAAGCUGAUAUAGAAAGUGUCCUAGUUCUGUUUGUUGUAUUUUUUUUAGUCUGAGUUUGAGUGCAUACAAAUAACAGACAGCCCAGAUAGAGAACAAUUGCGGACAUUGGUCUCCAAAAGGCUUUUUAAAAUGUAUUUAUGUAGGAUGGGCCAUUUUUGAGUGAUAGUAUACUCUACAUUGAAGCCAUAAGCCCUUUAAUCCAUGAAUAUAUUGACUCACUCUAUGAUGUAAUACAAUUAUCACACUGUUAGGAGAAAAAUAUUUUACUUGGCCUAAGGCUGCACCAUAUUGGAAAAAUCUAACAAUUUUUUUAAACCCUGUGAUAUAUAUUGUGAUAUUAAAAAAUACAGGAAUUUUCACCAGAUGACCUGACUGGCACUUUAUGUUGUGCUGCACUGCGGAAGUCUUGUAGACAAUUAACCUGCACUGAUCUUACCUCUUUUUGUGAGUGUUAGUAGAAUGGCUUCUGUCUGCACUUUUUUUGGGCAACAAGUCUUCAUUUUCAGUGUUUUUUGUGCUUAUUUUGCAAUCAUUGUUGUUACCGGUGUUGUGCCGAGAAACGCAUGCCCGCCGAGAAUUGCAUGCACCUAGCAAAAUGUGCACCGCUUAUCUUUUAUAAGAGUCCAUGUAAAUGUACAAUUUAAAACCCAUACAAUUUUUAUUUGUGGGGCUUAACAGUGAUAAGUAAAGUUCCGAAAGUAAUUCUCAGUGGGUAUGCGUUUCUCAGCACAACCCCAGCAGCGCCAGCGACUCACUCCAUGUGCAGGGGCGUGGUUUCCUUCGCUCUGAUUUUGAUUGACAGCUUGCAGGGUAGUCUGAUUGGCAACUGAGUAAAGAACGAAUGUGAUGGGUGGAUCGCUGCACAUGCAGAGUCACAUGCAAUGUAUCUCAGUCGGCUACCCUUGAAAUUAGAUGAGUUCAUUCGCCUCCAACAUCGCAGGCUCUGUAAUGUGAAGAUCGCGCACACAUACAUCACAAUGACAAUGCUCAAACGAUAUACUGUGCAGCCCUAACUGGACAUGUAAAAACUGACCCGAAAUGUGACAAGUUUCUACAUUUUAGGCAAUAUUUGUUACAUUUCAGGCUUGGCAUCUUGUUACAUGAUUGACCAGUUAAUACAUUUUGGGUUUUUUACUUUUUUUUUUUAAUUACAAUUUGGGUCAUUUGUACAUUUCAGGCUCUAACGAACUUGUUAUUAAACAUGAAAUUACACUGAACAGUAUCACUUCCAGUUGGUAUUGCAUACUAGUGUAUUUGUUGCUUCCAAACAGUCUAACUGCUAACUAUAAUAAAUGUAAGUUUCCUUUCAGCACCAAGGACAGCUCCAGUAAGAGGCUCCUAAAAGCUCUACGUGGGUACUGAUUCAAGAAUCAGGGUUAAAACUAAACUGAAUGUCUCUGGAAACAUUCCUCAACACAAAGGCCAAUGAACGUCAGAAAAUGUAGCCCACAGGAACAAAGUGCUUAAGCCUACAUACCACUACAUUAAGGCUGAAAGUCUUCUUCAUGAUACAAGUGUGUAACCGGGAGACUUCAGGGAGUUGUUUCAUAGAGUACCCGUACAACACAUUUUUGCUCCUGUCAGGGUUUAGAAAUAUGGUAAAGAUAAUGGGGUGCUAAACUUUGGAGAUAAAUGAUUCUAUUAACAUAAAGAUAAAUGACUUAAAUAAAUAAAAAAAAUAAACCCAAGCAGAUUGAAGAUACUGUUGAGACACUGUUUACACCAUUAGAAUACCAUUUGCAUACAGCACAGAGUGUAAUUUGUUCGAUUUUUAAUAAUUCAUGUGUAUCCAAGCUUAACUUUCCAUUGUUUGUGUAUGUGUAUGCAAAUCUAACACUUGAAAGGAUGAGUCCUGUUUUACAAACGUCCACGUAAUAGCAGAUAAUUGUAAACAAAACACCUUGUGCGACUCAAGUCACUCCCUUAGUUAACACUAAAAGGACAUUACAGUUGGUCUUAACAAGAAGAAGAAGAAGGAAGAGAAGAAGAAGAAGACAACGAAGUGGAAGAAGAAGACGACGAAGUAGGAGAAGAACAAGAAGAACAAGAGGAACAAGUAGAAAGACAGAAACAGCACACUGUAAUAUACAGCGGGUCCGCGCAUGCAAGUAGUUUUCUCAAGUGUCAUUUACAAAUGUAUUUAGUGCUUAUGGAGGGGACACAUUAGAAACAAAGGCAAAAGGCACUGACUCUUACAUUACUGCUAAAUUACUGUGAAUAACCAACAACAGCUCUCUCCAGAGCGCUCCACAUUAGUUAAAUUGAACAAAGUGCUCAGUGAACAAUAAUAACACCAAUGUACAAGCACAAACACCCACCUAAAGCAAGCUGCUGUGUUUCUUUUUUUUAAUUCAAACAUGAUGUACGUUCACAGCCCCAUCAACCUCAUUGAUUUGGACAUGUUAAGUAUGUUCUUCCAGGGUCUGAAGCAGCACUAUCAUCCCCCAUAGUGACUGUAAAUUUGGCUCUAAUCAACCCUGAUAGAAAUAUCUCCCCAUGCUGAAGCUCUAUUCAAAGGAUUUUUCCCACUCAUGCUAAUGUGUCCCAUGAAUCCACUGCAUUGAUACCAAAAGCUGCUCUCUGAACUCUGGACUCUGUGGUGUGGCUCGUUUGGGACGGCUGAAGGAGGGAUUAGGGUUUUGACUGUGUUUGUGCGGAUCUAAAUCCCAAACAGAGCUGGCUGACCUCGGGGGCGGGUGUAGAGAAAUGAGUUCAUCCUCAAGAUAGACACACACAGAUUCUCUCUCAACACUCAAACACACGCAGACACUUCUUCUCAGUCUUUCUCCCUAUUCCCUUUUCUUUCUCGUUCACACUCGCACAAACACACACAGAGUUUGGUUGAAUAAUGGCCCAGUGAGUGGUGUGCCUAUGGGGAAAGCUGUCAGUUUAAUUGAAUCCAGUAUUCUCCAUUCUCCCUCCCUGCUAAUUGAUUCUGUCAGGCUCUUCUGCUUGACAAAGAGACUGACAUUUCCCCCCGCAUGGUUAUGACUGUCACAGUGUGACUGACUACUCUGUGUGUUCCUGUGUUUGUACAUGCACAUAUUUGCUUAAAGCUGCAGUAUCCUGCGUUAGCGUCUCUGUGUAGGUGUUUUUAUUUAUGAGGCUGUAGCACUUUACUAAUUCCGAGAGACAGGACAGUCAAGUUGGCUAAGUGUGUGUUUAUAUGGGCCAAGGCUAUGUAGUCAUGCUCAUGUGUGUAAAUAUUGAAUAAUAUUCUUGACAUUAGCUGGUGUCCUGCAGGUACUCAUUUCUGAGAUUUAUAGAAAACGACUUUGACACACUUUAUAAAAAUCAAAACACAUAAAAAUGAAUGAGGCAUUUUUCGAAGUUAGAUAACCACAAACUUGCUAAAUAUUUCCACAUGAUAAUGUCAAGAUCAACUACAUUUAUUGUUGCAUAAUUACCACAGAUAAGUACUUAGAUAACCCAAGAUGUUUCAGAAGAGUUUAUUUUAGGGAACUGUAUUUCAUUUUUGGUCUGACUGCAGAGACAUACGCCAGAUGUCUCUUGCAGCCAUGUCCUUAUAAUGGAAUAAUAUGACAAGACGUGCUUGGGCAUAACAUGAAUAAAAACCAUUAUGCAUUGUUGGUAUGACACCUUGUCAUUCCUAACUCAUCAAAUGCAGCAGCAAACUCUGGGGUCCCGAGUCUGACUCUUAUCUGUGGGGUUGUCAAGUGAAAAUGUCAUCCCUGUUUGACUUAUUCUGUCACUGAUAACAAAUAAUACAAUUAAGUCUUCAUCAAAGUGGCACGGGUUGUAGAAGUCGGGAGUUAAUACAGAUACCUAUGCCAAACAGUGAUGGGCAAGAUACAUAAAGGGCUCAAAAAACGAGCAUUAAAUUGUGAUUGCAAACCAAAAAGUUGCAUGUGCUGUUAGUAGGCGUGUUGUUGUUGAUCUAUUUAAAUGACGUUUCUGUCUGUGCUAUUGGCUGUCACCAUCGACAGUUUGGAAGAGGAGAGUGUCUGUAAACGAAAAAUGAAGUUUGAAGCCAUGGAGUUGUACCUAUCGUUUUGGAGAAGCCAGCAACCGCAUAAAAGCCUUGUUUUGUGUCAUUUACUGCAUCCUGAGUGUGUGGGAACUGGAUAUACUUGUCCACCCUGCAUGACAAAGCACUCAGUGCUUGUUCAGGGAGACACCGGCACGAUCUGCGAUGGUGCACUGGAAUGAUACAGACGCAAGAAAAUGCAGCGUUGCACAGAGUUUUUCCAUAGGAGAUAUUGUCAUGGAUCCUUUUUGUGACUGUCAGGUCAUCCAGCAGCUCAAAAGUAGCAUUGCUUGAUAGACUAUAUGUCUGUACUACUUUUUUCUAUUUCUGACGGUACAAUUAUGUUGACACGCACAUAGAAGAUUCUCUCUCUCUCCAUCAGUCAUCGCACCUUUACUUCCUUCUCGCCACAAAGACCACAGCCAUUUGUGCGAAACGCUGUGCCAGUUUGCACCUGCCUUUCAAACGUGCUAAAUAUAGAUGCAAAAACACCGACUGCUACCAGUUUCAAGUUUGACAAAUCACAUUGCAGGUGCCAAGUUAUUCAAUUUGCAUCUCUUCCUCCCAGUAUUUUGCUUGUUUUGAUAAUCUUGCAUAUUCAUGAAGGCAAACACGCUAAAUGGAUUAGGCGUGGUAUUUCGCUUAUUUGAUAGACGCAAUCCUUGGUACAUUUGGUUAGUAGAUCAGCUUUGUGUGCUCUGUCAAGGUUUUUACUCAUGGUUUUUACACGCAAACCUCUCGUAAAUCCAGCCUUAGUCCAGGCGUGGUUAUAUAUAUUGUCGUCUGGCCCAACUUAAUCCUCUCUCCCAAUCUAUGUUCUUUACAUGGGCAUUUCAAACUCUUCCCUACAAAUGUGUUUGCUUGUUUUUUAACUUUAUUUUGCUGUUUAUCAUUACAGCCAGGGGAGCCUUUUAACCAAAGUGUCAACAGCACCUACAUCAUUUUUAUUUCAUUACACGUCAGCAGUUGAUGUAUUGCCUUCACUUCAGGCCAGACACUCUAGGUCCUCUUUCUGCCCUUUCAAAUGAUAUGAGAUUGGCAGCAGAAAGAAAACAUACACACCUUCUCGGUUACACACGCACACACACACACACACACACACACAUAAAUGUAGCAAACAAAGUGGUUCGGGCCAUAUGCAACUUGGAAAUGUCAGUUUGACAGCUGGUGCAAAAGUAGGGUGCUAAAGUGUUUUUUCAUCCGUCUCAGAGAAACACUCACCUUUCUGUCAGGUCUGAGAGAUUUUUUUAGAGUUGAAGACUUAAAAACAAUCAACUUCUACUCAGCCAAGAACAAGUGUUAUUUCUCUCGCUGACACAAGUCAAACUAUAAGCCAAGAUCACAGAGAAAAAGAAAAGGUAGAAGUCACUAUACUUGCAGUCAAAGAAAGCAUGGAUCAGAAGUUGCGUUACAAGAUAUUUUCCAUUUGAUGCAAACAAAAAAAUAUCCUUUAAAAAGGUUGAAAACACACUCAUGACAAGAGCAAACAUUUGGAAGGUUGUGUACAGGGCAAAUCUCCCAGGGAAGCCGUGUGAGGCCCGAUUCACUUCCUGCUGCAAUUCUUCCUCUUCACAACACUCAUAUAUUAAGACAGUAAUGCAGGGAAGCCUUGAAAUGACCGACAACUAGGGCUGGGCGAUAUGGCCUCAAAUCAAUAUUACGAUAUAUUGAGCAGUUCACCUUGAUAACGAUAAAUGGACGAUAACUACUCCACAAGCUGCCCAACCCCUCCCACUUAAACUUUGUCUACUUCAGCCGCCACAACGUUUGAACCGUCCUCCACUUAAAGGGACAUGAGACCAUAGCCUACCUACACACAUCCAAAACAAACUUUUAUUUAUUAAUUUUGUAGACACUAAAUAUAUUGACAUGGGCAAAAUGACGUUAUUGUCGUAAAUUUCGGUAUCGGUAAAUUUUCGGUUUAUCGCAGUCCUACUGAAAACAGACUAUUGUACAAGAGAAAAUAGCUGUUUAAUAGCAUGUUCUCUUUUUCAACCCUGCACUUAUCAGUAUACUGUAUAUAUAUAUAUAUACACACAUAUAUAUAUAUUCGUUGUAUAGCGUACUACAUACCUGCAGUAACCAACACAGUGUAUAUAUUUUUAGCAUAUUCAUUGCACUAUAUUUUAUAUUCAGUUCAUACCUGCACUGCCCAUAUGUACAUACCUUGCACUUUACUACCUUGCACUUCUGGUUAGAUACUAAACUGCAUUUCAUUGUUCCUGUACUUCUACUGUGUUCAAUGACAAUAAAGUUGAAUCUAAUCUAAUCUAAUCUAAUCUAAUCUGAUCUAAUCUAAAAGUUAAUGUGUAUGUUUGGUCAAAUCAACAAAUCAAAUCAACAGCAAGGCAAAUGCAAUCAGGCGUCACCUUGACCAGUACAGAUGUGAUGUCUGUCGGUCCAACAGUGGUCAGCGUUAGCAGUCACAUGUACAAUAAAUAGGAUUUAUUUAGAUACUGUUUUCUGAUUUUUCUUUACACAUCUUUGAGUUAUUGCAUUAUGAGCCAAAAGUGUUGUGAGCCAAAGCUGCGUGAGAGACUGAUCCCACUGAUCAAAUUCAACUUUAUGUCAUUAUCGUUAGAAAAACAAUAAAGAUAAAAUGACGGGUAAUAACAUAAUAUGGCAAAAACUUGAUGACUCUAUAUAUUAAUAUGACAGAAAACAAUAAAGUCUAGAUACCUCUGGAACAGAUCCAGGUUUUCUUCACUAUUAAAGUUCCUGACAGUGAAACUCACUCAAGCACACUGAGUUUACAGCUCAGUUAAACCAGUGUUUUCUUUGGCCUUCAGAUAAAACCAUUGAAAACCUUGAGACUGGAUCAUAUCAGGAUCAUGUUGAUGUAAGAUAACAUGAAGUUAAAGAUUGCUGUGGCACUAAAAGACUAAAUUGAUGAUUUGCUGUGACUGAAUUAAUGCAACCAAUGUCGGAAUCAAUUAGCUUUUACCAGUGACACAGCACAGUAAAGAGUAUUUCAUGUAGUCUCAUUUUUUCAUUUAUAGGAAAUGCCUGGUACAGUAAAAUACAGGCUUUAUAAAAUAUUCAGAGUAUUUACUUUAUGGCUUGUGCAUGUAAUAGAAAUGCAAACAUGUGGGGAAUAAGUAUAAGCACUUAAAGGUGAGUAAGGGGCUUAAAACAUCGCAAGGUGAAUGUAAAAAAAAUAACCAGGCAGAAUGCUUGGCUGGCAACCAUUCAUAUUUAAAUAGUAGCCAGCCAACUUGACAAGCUGUCAGCCUUAUUCAGACAGAGCCACAUGUCAUUGUCUGCCUCCUGUCUUCUCUUUUUUUCCCUCUCUCUCUUUCUGUCAGACUGACUCUAAAUCCGCCCACCUGUCUCUUUAUCUUCCUUCGGUCCAUCCCUGCAUCCCCCCCUCCUCCAGCUGCGUCACUGUCUACUGCAAGUCCUGCUACCCCAACACACCACAUACAGAGACACAACUAAUCUCUGAAUAAUCUCUACCCCAGAUUAUCUGUUUUUUUUUUUUUUUUUUGCUUGGGUGAUGGAGUGGAAGGCAACACAGUCAGUGAGAGAGAGAAGAGAGAUUAGAGUUAUGAGGUCAACACUCGUUCGGCUCAUACAGAAGCUUUGUUGGAGAGUUUUACAGGUGUUGAACCCUGAUGAAGCCAUCUUCUGAUUACCUUCCCGCGCUGCGUCACAUUGACUGUUCAACGGCACGUUACUGCUGCUAGUCUACUUAGAGUUUCUACUUCUAUUUAACAAUUUUAGAUAAUAAACACCUCUGAGUGGUAGUUUUAUCAAUAUUUUAUCAACUGGCUGCUUAGAGAAUAGAUUAAAUCUGAGUCCCUGCAGUCACGCAGAGGUAGUUCGUUUGUUUUUCUGCUUCUGUCUUUUCACUGAGUGUCGAGAAACCAAACUGUUUCUGGCACAUUUAAUGAAUCGGUGUUUUAGAUUCUGAUUUCUAACAGCUUUGGUGCCAAUUCAAGGGUAACUUGGUUUAAACCCAUCGGAAAAAAAAAACAAAAUAAGCUGAAAGUUGAGUAAAAAAUAUUAGAAAAUAGGGAAAAAACAAAUCUGAUAUCAUGAAACUCAAGUGAAAUCUUGGAGUGAUCUCAUAUAUGUUACGUAUGUCAGGACUUCCCCUAGGGCUGUGGCCUCAAAUGUGGAGAUGCAAUUAAAAUACUUAGGGAUGCUUCCAAGUUUGAGAUUUGCUGAGCUAAUUCCUUCAUUUAAUCAAUCCUAAUUUGCAUAUUUGCUGCGGGAGAAUCAGAUUUACCUGAGGACACAGUGCUGAGUGUGUAUAAAGGAUUCUCAAGGCAAAGGGGUCAAAAAGUGAUGGAUGGAAAAAAAAAAAGACUCCCAGAAAGCAUCUGUUAAUUCUUCAACUUGGACUGAAUUACUUCACAUUUCUUUUUUUUUUCUUUCUGCUGUAGUUUAUGUAUUUGCCCCUGUGUUUUAAUUCAUUCUUUUCAUUUUCUAACAUGAUUUAAUAGAAACGUGAUCGGUAAUUUCUCCGCCGUGCUCUUGGGGGUCAGGAUUAAAACAGGCUCAGCACCGACAUGAUGAUCUAUGGUGUGAUAUUAGGACAAAGGCCAUCACUGAAGUACUAUAUUAAUGUAGACCAUCACAUUAUGUCAUGUGCUUAUCUGACAAAGGUCACCCAUUGUUCUGAAAUAUGGGGCUAAGGUCACACUCUUAUUUAGUCAAAGAUCAUUACUGAAGCAGCACGAAAGGAGAUUAAUCAAGGAUAUUAUUUUCAAUCUCAAGCGCAAGGGGCCAGGAAAUAUCCGGUCUUUACAGAUGUGAAAUCUGCUGUUAUAAUUGGAAUACGACCACCGCGCAUGGAUAACCUGACCACCACAGGAAUCUCUUAUUUAUGUUUACUCCCGCUGUGAUGUCCUUUAUAAAGACACUCUCUGCCAGGCUUGUACUUCAGCUGACCGUGACCUUUCACCUCUACAUGGUGGGAAAAUGCGAAGAAGCAAUUUUCCUACCGAGAUCAAUAAAAAUGUCUCGUCAUUAUCAUCCGCAGAAGAGAUAUGGCUUAGUUUCAAAGAGCAGCGUAAGCUCUCGAAUACAGUGGGAAAACUCUAAAGCAUGUGUAUGAGUCAAGGGCUGACCUUCAAAAGCAUAGAUUAUGGAAAUGAAGUAAACACAGAAACAUAUAGCUAUAAGAUUUACAAAACGUAAAGAAGAGUGAAACGAAAAAUGGAAUCAAUCAAAAAUGAUAUUUGAUUAGGAUGGGUAACUGGAUACAAGAAUGUAAAGGUACAUAAAAUGACUAUUGCUGCAAUAGGAUGCAAGAUAAUUAACGUCCCUAUCACAAUCUAGCUCAACACAGCGCAGUUAGAUGCAAUUGGAUGUGAUCCAGCAAUGGAGUUCAAUGAGAUUAAUUAUUCAUCCGGAUUAACACUUUUCACAAACUGGACUUUGUUUUUAGGACGAUACACUUUUUUAUACACUUGGCUCAGAAUGAACAUCGUAACAAUUAACAACAACAAUUAAGUGCAGAUGCACAUUAAUACUAUGUCAUUACUGAGUUAUGAGGUUAGUCAUACUGCCUUUUUAUGUUGGAGCAGCGUGACAUUCUUUGGCACAUCGGGUCUGAGUUGUCAUGUUGCCCAUCUUCCUUGUUAAACCUGUAGAGCUCCCACACUUGAUUUGGAAGCCUCUGCCAUGUUGUUUUGCACAACUCCUACACAAUUUUCCAACAUAAUCGUCAACAUCCCCUGCAUACAUUAACAUAACUUGGGUCUGGGAAAUAUAGGAAGAAUAAGAAUAAAACAAACAAAUAUUAAAUCAUUCGGUCACUCUGAUGAAUCAUUCUCAUCAUUGCUUAUUACUGGUCUGAGCGAAUGCUACCAUAGCAUCAAAAAUGAGUCCCUGAAAAACACAAGCAAGGUUCAGCAGCAACAAUGAAGACUCUGUUUGUCUUCCAGAUUAGGUCUGAGUUGUCGGCUGAAGUGUGACCCCUGAACUAUCCCAGAUAAAUGUGUCCUCGGGGGUCAACCUCAGCAAUUGUUUUCUUUCUUCAUACAGCAAACUGCCUCAACUCGAUCACAGAAUUAAACAAGAAAAACCUCUUAUAUAUCUAUAUUAUUACAUCAGAUUAUACAUUUAUCUUAAAGAGGAUGUCUGCCAACAAAGGCGCUUUGCUUGUUCAGCCGCUUUAUCGUGUUUAAGAUGAGCAUUAAGUCUGAGCUGGUAGGUAAAGACGAUGGCUGCACCAGGGCUUGGCGCUGACAUUAUCUCGUAUUGGUUAUCCCCUGCCCUCUGACUCCAUGAGUGAAGGUCAUACUUCGCGUAGCAUUGAAUGAUUUGUCUACCAGAGAGAAGAAUUGAUUUACUUUAUCUUUAAGGGCAUAGUGUUAAUAGAGAGGAUCAGCUUUGUUCACACAGUAACAGUACCUGCGUGCACUGAAGACGUAUACUAGAGUAUGUGGAGGGGAGCUUUGUAGAUUUACUGAAACUUCUCAUGGAGGGCAUUAAAACAACUGACCUACCGGUACUUAUGACAGUACGCACAAGUGCCAUUUGUAGCCCGUCUGUGUGCUCUUGCUUCCUCCGGGUGUGCGAGAUCUACGUCAGCAAGCUCUAACCGCCACAAGAAAGACAGCUUGAGUCCGUACUCGCACAACCACUUACCUUCCAUCCCUUGUUUACUUUGCAUUGUAUGCUUUCCACAAACAACCUCUCCCCCUCAGGUCUGUUCCAUAUUGAGCAGCAAGAUGUCAUGUUCAACCUUUGUCAGCCACUGAGGGGUUUUAUCUCCCUGCCACACUACAUAACAUAUUGGAGACACACUGCACCUGCAUACUUACCAGCCGCAUCUGCAAUUUUACAUCCCAACCAUAUGAGGCUAGACAUCUGGUUUUUACAGUUUUCAUUGUUAUAUUAAUAUGCGCAUACCCCCUCCCUCCACACUUCACUCUCUGUCAGUCACUUUGGAUUUUAGGGGCUCACAGUGAUGCUCUUCAGAUGGAAGAUAUACUUGAUGUGGUCCAAGUACUCAAGUGCAGGCAUGAGAAGUGGCGUUGCAAAGGAAAGAGGCAUAAGAUCAAGUUCGCUCAUAAGUCAUGUCAAAUAGAGAUGCACCAAACCGAUAUUUGGAUCGGAUAUCAGCUCCAAUGUUGACAAGUUAACUGAGUGGAUAUCUGAUGAAUGACACCCAUCCAGCGCUCCAACCCCGUCUUUUUAUUCUUCUUUUAAUUAAUAAUUCUUUAAAUACAUGGAAGUAUUAAUUUUAUUUUCUGUGUGCUAAUGGGCAAUUUGUAAUUUGUUUAUAAAUAACAUUAAGUUAAUUUAUAUCUGUGUUAAUUUGUUACCUUUUUUCAAAAAAAGCCUGAUGCCUUCACUCAAAGGGUAAGGUACACAGUUCACUAAUUCAACAGUAGUAUUUGAUCGGUAUCAGGUAUUGGCCAAUACGCUCAGCCCAGGUAUCAGUAUCGGAUUGGAUCGGGAAAAAAUGGAUCGGUGCAUCUCUGAUGUCAAACACUGGUAUCAUCAAGAUCUGAUGCUUGCAUGCCAAUUGUGCCUUUGGAGGUACUGCAUUCAGGGGAUAACCUGGACUGACUGUUUUUUGGGGUUGUCUGACACAUUUCUAUCAUUGCUGGCACGCACUCCCCUCCUUUUAAGCUAUUUGAGCUUCAGAAGCGCUUUUGUUGAAUCAGACAAAAGCAGUCAACCUUUGCUUCCCCACAGUGGUAUCAGUUUGGCCACUCAUGACCUUGCUGCAGGAAUAUCUGUUUUUUUUUUUAUCCUUUAGCUUUUAGGUUUUUUUUGAUACCAUCCAUUGUAUACCAAGGACACCUAUCAGGAUUUACAGCUUUGGUCUGACCCGCUCUGGCCAUCACAUUUUGCACAUUGUAAAGGUUACUCAUGUCAGUACACCUGACCAUUUUUCCUGCUGCCCACACAUCAAUUUCACAAAACAAUGUAAUCUAGCCUUUAUUUAUUAAAAAGGAUUAUUUUCCCUCUGCAAGAUUUUGAAGGUACUGAGUUAAAUCAUCAGUGUUAUUUUUCACAGCAGCUGCUCCUUCAUUGGUUCACACUGACUUCUUCUGCCAGCUGGAAGCCUCACCACUAUGCUUCUCCACCAUGUCCUGGGCCUGCCCUGGGCUGCCCUCUCAGUCCACUGUGGCUAGUAUACCUUCAAACACGUCAGGGUUCAGCAUCCCUACCAGGUGCCAAACAACCUCAGCUGGCAUCUCUGGAUGCAGAGCUUAACUCUGAGGCCCUCUGGACUGCCUGGACCAUCGCUGUGUCACCGAUACAGAGCUCAGUCAGUGUGUGGAUAAACCUCAUUUGGCUGCUUGAGUCCAUUAUCAUAUUCCUUUUGGUCACAACACAAAUCUCAUAGACAGAGGUGAAGGUCAGAAUAAAAAAAGGAUUGGUAAAUAAAAUCGCAUGCUUUGUGCCGCCACAGUCCAAUACUACCCCGCAGAUCAUCCUCUGACCCUUUUUUGAAAGGGAACCAAAGCUCAACUCUGAUACCGUCUGAAAUCCAGCAGCAAAACGCUCCGCCGCACACGGGGAAAAUCACAGUCUGUUAGGCAAAGGAAGGACAUCAUUUGUGAACAGAAAUGCCAUCAGAAUGUCACAGAACUGGAAAACUUCACUUUGAUUCCUAUCCAUGUGCAGUGCACUCUGUGAAAAAGGACCACAUGUCUCGGAAAAAUGUGUGCAAUACCCCAUUCUUGGGACACAUCGGGGAGCUCUUGGCAUGCUGUAAUCACUUCUCUUUUUUUUCUUUUUCUUUUUUGGCAGCUAAGAAGAUCAGAGAUUAUCGUGUGAUAGUCUCCAAAACUGAUUUAAGUUCUGAGUUUUUGCAGCGAGUUAAGCAAGAUGUGUUUCUUGUUUUCCAGAGAUUUUAAACAGUUUUUGAUUGAAGAUGAUUAUUUUUUUUAAUUAUGAAUUAUGAACCAUGACUGUGGGUUAUACAGUAUCCAAGUAUCCUCUUUUUUUCAGAGUUUCGUACAGGAGUGAUGUUGAGGAUUACAAAACGGAAACUGAUGCUGCACUUGUAUCCUGGAUAUUAUGUAACUAGUGGAUUGACCUUAGUCUGCUUUAUCAAAUAUCAAAUCCAUUGUGAUGAAGAUAAGCUCUUGUCUAAAAAUAUAACAGCAAAAAAAACAAAAAAAAAACAUAGAGUUCAAGUAAAAACCAGCAGGUUACUUUAUAAACAUGAUGUAAGCAGGGAAGCUUGAUAAGAGCGAUUCCUGGUAUUUAUUUAUUGAUUUAAGAUUUAUUUUUAAGCUUUUUGUCUUUAGUUACAGAGGACAGGCAGUUGACAGAGUACGAAGGGGAGUGAUUGAAAGUGGACUGGUUUCAAUUUGCUUAGCUUAAAGGGAUAUCCCAACGUAAAAGUAAUUUAGGGUCAAACACACCGUAAAACCGAGUUAGACUCUCCCUCCAGAGAUGAAUGUUGCAGACUGCUUGCUAGCAAGGAAGAACAUUGGUGAUCAUUACUUUAUCAUUUCCUUGAAGUAACAAUCAUCAUAUUAAUCAUUUUGCACUACAGACGCUGUGGUUCUUCUGCUUUAGUAUCUUGGUCUGAUUGCAUUUCAAAGAAGAAAUGAAAUGAAAUGAUAGUUGAGGAUUGUUUAUGGCUCCUCAGACUGCUGUGUAUUGCUAUCGUGUGGUCGUUACUAAAGUUGGUGUAACUAGAGAAGAAAGCAGUUGGCAACAUUCAUUUCUCGUGGGGUCUCUAACUCAGCGUUACUGUUUGUUUGACCCUAAAUUAAUUUUAUGCCACAAUAUCCCUUUAAGACACAAAGUUGCUAAGUUUGAGUCAUAUGUGCCUAAUUACACCCUUUCUGGACUUCAUUCUCUGAGAUGAUCCAGGGCUUUUUAUAUCUGCUCAUACUGAUUGCUCAGACUAAGUAAUCAAAGACUGAAACCCCAAAGUUCUUUACUUAAGAAGAAAUUUUUAGAAGUUGGUAAUUGGAUUACCUUUGGGUCAGAGGAGCCAGAGCAGGUGGAUUACAAGUUUGUGUCAGGCAGGAGGACAAAAGAGAUGACAGAGCACAUUGAAGACAAGAGGGACCUGAAAAACACAGAAACUUUCUCAGAAAACGUCGCCUCUAGCUGCUGUGGAUUACCAGGAUUAUAUGUUCUGGUUCUUUCACCAUUAUUUUCCUACUGUCACCCCCUUAUCUGCCUUGUUAGUGAGUGUGUCGCUGCUUUUUCUGACAAAAUCAAAGUCAGCAGAGGACUCUGGAUGUCUCUCAUCUCUUGCUCUUGAGGCUUGUGAUGGGCUGUCUGGAUUUUGCUUGUCUUUCAAAUGGGAAAUCAGGGACUCACAAAGUCAAAAGCUUGUUGUUGCAGAGAGAUUGACCUGUGUGUUCUUCCAUGUUGGAAACUGUGCUCGCAGAUUUAAGACCACAUUUUUUGCCUUUAUUGCUACUGUUACAACCUUGUGCUAACAAUCCUUUGGUCCAAGAUUGAAACUUUUGAGUUGAUGUAAUGAAAUCAAAGGCUAUAAUUAGACAUCAACUCUGGACACAAAAUCACUCCCAAAAGAUUCUGUUAUCAAUAUUGUGUUGUUUCCAUCAACCCCGAUUUAAUCAAUACAGCUGUUCUUCGAUGAAACAUAAAGAAAAUACUCAAUUGAUUUUGAAGGGCAUUUGGAGAGCAAAAGGAACAAGACCACCCUUCAUCACUAAGCAGAUCUAUAAUUUGGAUUUUUAAUUUUUUGCUCUUUAUUACUGAUUCAGCUUCAUAUAACCCUUUCCUCUAGAAGUCCACACUGCAGCCUCUUAAAUAAUUAUGCAGUCUAAUGAAAUCAAAGUGUUUUGUUUGGACAUCUUUCAUCUUUGCCUUUUUUAAGUUAUGCAGCCCAGCGGAAAACUCCUGAUUCCUCAAAAACAAGGCCUCACAGAAUGCCUUCCCUUUAUUGUCUUGUGUUUAAAACAACAACAAAAAAUGGCUGUCAAGGAAACUGUCUCUCAGACGGAAGCGGGCCUCUUUUAUUCAUGCACAAAAGCUGCUAAGAUUAAACUAUAAUCUACACAUGCUCUGUAUGAAAAGCACCCGGAAAAAAAUGUUGGCUUCAUCGAAAUCAAAAUAACUUGACUUCAUGAUGACAGAAAUGUUUACAAGUUUAUGACUAGUGAAAUGAAAUGACUCGUAAAACUAAUUCCUAGGUAAGUCAUGAUUAAAAGAAAGUAAUAUCAAAAUAUUGAGCCACACAAGGAAGUAAUUUGUGGGGGGGACACGGGGGACAUCUCCCCACCACUUUUUCAAAAGCCUGUUUUGGUCCACUGCAGUUUUUUUUUUAAAUUAUUACUAUUAUUAUUAUUAUUAUUAUUAUUAUUAUUAUUAUUAUUAUUAUUAUUAUUAUUAUUGUUAUUAUUAUUAUUAAUAUAAUUAUUGUUGUUGUUAUUAUUGUGAUUACUGUCAUUAUCAUUAUUAUUAUUAUUAUUAUUAUUAUUAUUAUUAUUAUUGUUAUGAUGAUGAUGAUUAUUGUUAUUAUUAUUAUUAUCAUUAUUGUUAUUAUUGUUAUUGUUAUUAUUAUUAUUAUUUAUUUAUUUAUUUAUUUAUUUUUUUGAUCAAAUAGACAAUGAUUAACACGGAAGCAGAAAAUAAUGUUCCGUCUUGGUUGUAUAUAUUUCAGCAAGGCUAAUAUUUUAUAUCUUCAGUUCAGGUUGUGAACUUCAGUGGGCGGGUCUGAGCCGUAAAACUCCCCGGGCUGAAAAUGAGUUCCACUCUGGCCCUGCCUGAAUCUUACUGAGGUUAUCAAUGUAUCUGUAUUUUAUGAACCAUGUCCACAAGACCCCUGCAUGGGGGGUAGGGGUGAUGGUUAAAAGUUAGCUCUAGUGUCCCAAACUGCCUCUGACCAUGAAAGCUCUCAUUACAAGCUAUAUAAAGUUGAAAAACAAAGAUAAAACCAGAGAGAAAAGUACAUCGAGACACUCUAUCUACCUUCACUACCCCAGUAAAGUGAAAAGUAGAGGAGGGAGAAGAAGGAGGACAGGAAAAGCUUUAUAUUCCUCCCCAUUGGCUUAUGUGAUCACCCCCACGCUCUGCCUGAACCUUAGUUCCCCAAAGUUAUGAGGGAAGAGAGCGACAGAUGGACAUGGAGAGUCUUCAGAGACUGAAUUAAGUUGCACUUUUCAAAUGUUCAAUCAACUGCUGGGAUUAGAUGUUUUAUAAAUGAGUCUGUCAUUUCUGCUCCUGACUGGUUAUUUUAACUCGACAAAGAUUAGUUUUAGAGUUCCAAAGAUUAGUAAAGAUAGUCAUAGAAAAGAGGAAUGAAAGUAAAUGUCAAAGAAAACAUUAGAGAUUAGCUUCUUUUUGACUGUUUUCUAUGUCCUUGUAAAAGUUUUGUCACUUCGACAGAACUGCAGGUUGGAGCUACUUAGGAGGUGUAAAAGUCUCUUGAAGUGUUACCUUGCUGUGCAUGAAGGACAGAGUGAAAGAGGAGCAAAAGUAAAAAUAAAUCAAGGAUAGAGUGAAAGGAAUUGAAAUAGAAGAAUAGCAGCUUGUGAGUAGGAGGAAGGAAAACACUCUCAUACGUGAGACAGAAAACAGAUGAGGUGCGCCGAAGCUGAAGAGCAAGGAUGGUAAUGCUGUUGCUCACACAGGUUAUCUGGUAACCAAAGUAUAAACUCAGGUUACUUAGGUCAUCUGAUAUCCAUACAAACAAACAAACAAACAAACGUUAUUGUGAGCGGAGUAUCACUAUUUUCUUUUCUCUUCAAUACUACUCUCUCUCCCCUCUUUUCAAGAAAUAUAGCCCAGAAUAGGAACCACAUCAAAAACACCUUUAGGACACAACAGUCAUUCAAUAUGAGUCCUUUCUUGUGUACCCUACUAUACAUAUAAAUAUAUACUUUAUAUAUAUUCCUUUGCAGUCACUUAAGAACCACCAGGACAAGAGCAAUUUAAAUCCCUGACUCUCAGCUGCUUAUGUAACACUCAGUAGAAAUAAAAAAAUAAAUUAAAGCUUGAGAGAAGUUCCACCUCUCAGUAUAAGUACCAUUUGGGAUAUCUUCAAGGCCGCCUGUCCGACACACACAGGUACAGUUGUUAUGACAGCCGUCACAAUAAUAGAUUUUAUCCCCUCUGAAGUUAAUGCAUGUUGUUUAAUAAUUCGUAACUGAAUGUGGCGAUAAAAAGAAGUGGCUUGUCUAUUCUUGAAAAUAUAACGCCUGUAUGUCUAGUUUCACAAUUACCCAGCAGCCACUCUCACUUGCUGGCGAGAAAAGCUUUUUAUACUCAGCAGCUGUCCGAUUGAAUAUGCAGCGCCAGGAAAUUGAGGGUGUAGGUAGCUUUAAAAAGAGUGCAGAGAAAAGGCAGAUUACGCUAUUUUACAAAUAACAGUUGAAUUGUUAUGUAGUCGUAGAACUCAUAUACAGAUACAUAGUCUACAAAGUGUUUUUUAUAACCAACAAUUUGGUUGUUAUUCAUGCCAAUAUGAUAAAUCAUAAAUUGAUCAACUCUUUCUGAGAUCCUAAGGGUUUGGUUGGAGUUGGAUUUUUCAUCUUGAACGCUUUCAACUGUAAUCUGCUUUUUUAAGACUCUCCUUCCUUUCUGAUACCUUUUUACUCACUUUACAUGAUUUUCUGAUCAAAAAAGCCUUGUGUUUCCCUCCCUGGUGUAUUAAAAUACGAUUAUUACAGCCUCUGUGUGAAACACUUCGUUUUUGGUGCCGUCUCUUUAAGGCUCCGUGAGGUCUUGUAAUUUUUCUGUGAACCAUUUUGAGCAGUUUACAUCUAUUUUCUGAGAUUAUUACAUUACAUGCUUAUCACUUGAUUUGAAAUUCUCUUACAUUAAUUAUGGACUCCAAAGACGGUAACUGCAUUUUUUGUUGUAAAUAUGGAAACGCACGAACCCCCUCCCCAUUUACAGCCCCCCUGAUGCUUUCUGGCUUUAGAACAAAUGAGAAACUUUAAAUAUAAGUGGACCCAUGCGUUUAUUUGAGCCAAAUUACAACCAUUUGGCAGCUUGACCACCCAAGUGAUGCAGCUGCCAACCAAACAGGUGGCUUAUUGACCCCUCGUUGAUCACUUACUGACAGCAUGGUUUUGUGUAUUUAGUCAAAAUUGGCCAUCUGUAAGGGAAACGGCUCAAACAGGAGCAUUAACUUACUUUAACAAAGGCAGGUUAUGUUAGCAGAGUGUACUGUCCGUAUAGAGCAAUGUGAUACAGAUGAUAGGAGCAUAUAACCUUUAACCCCAAUUAAAAAGAGAGAGAGAGAUAGAGAGAGACAAAUGCAUACUUAGUCUUUGGGUGGUAUGAUAUUAGAGGAACCUCUGCCAACUUUUUCCAAAUGCGAGUUAAAUCAUCUACUUGCGAGGCACUAGGCGUGUGAAUGAAUAGUAUUUACUCGCCUUGUUCGUGCGUCAUCGGUAACUUCAACGGUAAUCCCUGCAAAUUCAACCAUCAGGAUCAAGUGAUAGACAAAUGUUUUUUACAAUUUACCAAGUAAUCCAACCUCCUCACUUUGUCCUCAGUUUGUCCUCCAUUUUAGAUACUAGUGAACAACCGUACAUUUUCAUACGUCACCCGGCAACCUUUGUGCUAAUUAGUUAUCGCGCACCAAUAUCCGCUCAAGUUGAGACAUUUCCAGCUCGCGCCCAAUUCGCGUCAUUCGAGCAGCCAGAGUGUAUAAUCGCGUCUUUGCAUCGACUUAACAUGUAAUUCAUUCGCGCGAAUGAUUUUACUUGCGCUCAGUGUGUAGAGACAGUUAUACUUAAAUUACAUAGAAAAACUACUUUUAUUCCAAAGAGAAUGUAUCCCAGCUUCAGAUCGGAUAAAAGUACGGUAAACCUUAAUACACGCUUUCAUCACCAUCAGACUGGACUACUGCAAUAGCCUCUUCUACGGUCUCCCCUCCACCACCCUCAACAAACUUCAACACAUUCAGAACUCUGCCGCCAGACUUCUCACCCGCACCCGCCCAUACGACCACAUCACCCCCGUCCUCCGUCAACUCCACUGGCUCCCUGUUGCCCACCGAAUUCAAUUCAAGAUCCUCCUUCUCACCUUUAAGUCCCUCCACGACCUGCCCCCCACCUGUCUGACCUCACUGUCCGCCACACCCCAAACCGCCUCCUCCACUCAGCUGAUGCAAACCUCCUGUCACCCCGAGCCAAAACCAAGCACCGUACCCUGGGGGACUGCACCUUCAGCGUCUCCGCCCCCAACCUCUGGAACGCCCUCCCUAAACACAUCCGUGAAUGCCCGGACCUCAUCAGUUUCAAAUCUUACCUUGUUUUUAGACAGGCCUGCAACGUAAGGGAUUACAGUGCUCUUGCGUCUCUCCUCCCUUUCCUGUUCAAUGUUAUUUCUCUUCUCAACUCUACACGGUCCAGUUGCCUGUUUUUAAGUCUUCAAGAUAAUAAAAUGUAUUAUUAUUAUUAUUAUUAUAAUAAAAAAGAGGCGAGCAGGUAGCACAGCCUGCACAUCGCACCACUGUGACUUCUGUUUUGAAAGCAGUUAUGCCCGUCACUUUGGGUUCAUGCUUUAAAAACACAAGUUAUUAUCAAUCCAGAUUUAUGAAGCGGGCUCCAAGAUCUCUGUCUCUGUUAAUAGGAAAUUUAUCAGAUGAUUUAAUCACCAGUUACAUCCGCAAUAAAAGCGCAAAUGAUUUAAGUGCAAAUGUCCUCGCAACUCACAACUCUGAAAUCAGAUCCUUGGGAACAUGUGUGUGACAAGGAGAAAAUGAGUGGAAAUUAUACAGACAGAGAGGCUGAGAAAUUGGAGAUGAUGGCUGAUAUUAAGCAGGAUAGGCCUGAGAGAGGCUCACAGAAGGAAAAACAUAGUGAAUGGAGGGAGGGGAAUUAUGCAGGGAGGAGAGAGAGAGAGAGAGAGAGAGAGAGAGGCUAUGUUAGAAAGGGAGAGAGAGGGGAUGUGUCAAAACACUGUAGGAGUGAAUUCAAACUGUGGAACCUUAAAAAUACUGACUCAGUCCCUCGGGGGGAUGAAGGUGGAAAGUUCACCUAAGAGGGGAAGACAGGAUGAGGCCCUCAGCGGUCUAAACCCCACAGGGGGAGGUCCACACCGAAUGAUUAAUUAUCAGGCACGUAUUUUCAUAAUUAAAGCUUGUAACAUCACAUUUUUUUUGUCCCCUGGGUGAUGUGAAUGCCUAAUGGCCACUCUGUUCUGCAUAAAAAUGACGGGCUGUUAAACUAAUUUCAUUGUGUGUUCACUAAUCAGUGAUUCAUAACUCUAGUUGUGUCUUUGGAACAUUUUGGCAGUAGUUCGUACGAGGUUUUGGAAAUUCCACUCAAUUAUUCUCAACCCACUGUGGGUCCAGCUAUACAUGCUGAAUCCAAGGGGGGCUUUCAGUCAUUCUUUGCAGUGUGUCCAGCAGAGUGGACAGUGAGUGUGUGCUGCAGGAACUUCGCUGUCAGCCCUUUGCCCUCUCCUACUCUGAGCUGCCUGCACUGGAGGAAUAAUUGGCACUUUAAAUUAUUUAAAAACAGCCAGGGCACAUUAUCAUAAAUAUUCACUUGACGUUCUGCUUAGAUCAACAGUCAGAACCCAGAGCUCUGGAUGUGACUUCAUGACAACUUGUGUGUUUGGGAGUCAGCGCAUGCAUAUGUGUGUGUGUGAGAGUGUGUGUGUGCAGGGAUGUAACUGGAGGGCCCAAGGGCUGAAUGAUGGACAGUAUUUACAAACAAAACGUCCUCCCGUCAGUCAUCAUAACUGAAUCUAGACAGCAGGAAAAUGUCAGGCUCAUGCACGGAUGCAGAUGUGCACGUGAGUGUACAUUUCAGCGUGGAAAUGUCAACGGCACACACACACACGCUUGUGAACAUGCCGGCACACAGCACUCAACAGUGGGGUGAACCUUCAUCAGCGCGCCGUUGUUACACGAGCCUCUAACAAACCUGUCACUGUUCUCGCCUGAGACAAGACACUAAUGACAUGCUAACAAAGAGGAGCUGCUGAUGAGACCUCCAUUAGCAUCUAUUAAUGCUAUCUGACCACAGACACAGAGGCCUUCACCACCCUCAGACUGACUACACCCCUGCUGUACAAACACAAUCACAGCUCUGUGUGAUAUUUGUUUACACUGUUUAUUUUUGUAUCCAUUACACUGAAGUUUGACAUGUUGGGAGAGGCUUCAUUUUUCAUGCUUGUAUCCUGGCAGCAAUGGCAGGUUUGAAACAAUAUAUCAUGACCCAGCCAAGUGCUUUCUCAUACAAACAGGGUGUUAUCUCCCUGUGUGUUUCUAUGAAUGUGGUACAGAAUGCACAAUAUAGUUUUAAAAAACACACGUAGGAUUAUUAAAAAAAAUAUUAUCACCUGCCACAGGUUUCACAAAGAAAAGUUUGCAUUUUUAAUAGUAUCAGUGGCUUGAUUGUGACUUGGGUAAACACAAGGACCCUGUUUGGUGAUGAGUUGGCAAAAGGAAGUGGCACCAUGUGUGAAAUAUGUUAAUUGAGAGAGUUUUUAAAAGCGAAUUUAGCUGGAGAUCCUUGCACACCUCUUUCAAACAGCAACCUCAAUCAAAGUUUGUUUCUUAAGCUUGCAUGUCAAAGCCCAUCUGUCUUACCUUCAACAUUCAGCUGUAGAGUGAAAGUAGUCACUUGGUGUGCUAGACAAUAUUUAGAGUAGUAUACUGAUAAAUUUCUCUUGGCAGUUGUCUAGUUUAUGGAAUUAAAGCUCCAGUGAGGAGUUUUGACAUAUUGAAAUCACUAUCUGUACAACUAUGUAGAUUGUAUUUGUAAGAACCACAAAUGCAAAUGCUCAUUAAUGAGGAUUAAACUUCUAUUUUGUUAUUGUUAUGCCUGUAGAGUGCCUCUAGGGGGCAGUUGACCAACCAGACAACUGUCAGCACUUUGAAAAUCAGCAGCAAAUACCAACAAUAAGUGACACAGUUGACUGUUAAACAAAGCGGGAUGGGAAAAAACUGCCCUUGCCAAAAGCUAACCAUUAUAUUUGGGUCCUAUUCAAGGCUAAAGGAAAUGGUAACACAAAAUCACAUAUCAGCGCGGCUGCCAUCUUGGAUGGGUACCCCAUGUGCCUCCAGUGCAUUAAGGUAGUUAGGAAUGCCCAACCAUGUUAAUCGUAACUCUGAAUUUCUGCCCCAUUUUCACACGGUUUGAUUUGUUGCAACAAAAUAUUUUUCAAUCUUUACUUGUGAAAUGUAAUCCUACACGAUCUGGUUUUAAUACUGCAUUGGUUUUUUCAACGGCAGAGUGCACAAAUAAGGGCAUAAGUGCUCGUUCUCAAUUGACUCCGUUUGGCUGUUGUGCGAGCCUAGAAUGGAGACACCCAUCCAAUAUGAAGGCAAUGCUGAAUUACGCUCCAGCAAAUAAUGAGUCUACGUAUAAAAUGUCUAUGGGUUAAACUGUGUGUUGUAAUCAGUAACAUCAAGUUGCCUUUAUUACUGAAGCUGAAAUACCCCCAGGUACUGUCCUGGGGCCCAUUGGGUUUGUAUACUAACAACUUCCCAGCUACAUACCCUUGUAUCUGGUAAAACCUGAGUGGUGUGGCUAACUAAAAUGUCACAAAAAUGUCAACUUGACAUGAUGUCCAAAGUGUCUUUAAGUAUCUGAACAUCUUUAACUUUACUACAGUAAUACCCCAUCUACCUGUCUAUGUCUUUAAAAAGCAUGGCCAUCUUUGUGAACCUUCAAAUUUAUCCACCACUUUCUAUCAGUCCCUAUUAGCAUCUAUGAAUAAAUGAAUAACUGCAGAAAAUGGAAUGUAAACUGGUUCCAUUCUCACAGUAUUUGAUUGUCUUAUCAAGCUGUCAGGUGUGAAUUGUGAGUGAAGUUGUGCUGUGCCACACACGGGUGGGGAAUAUCCUGGGGAAAUGACAGUGAGGCAGUAAUUACUGGUCUUCGAUUGCAGUGUUGUUGAAAGCGGUUAGAGAUGAAAACCUAAGAAAGGAGAUCUGAUGAAGGGGGGAAACACGUCAAUAUAAAUUUACUGCUUAAAGGUUGAGAUACAUGACAAAACUGAUCUGACAGUUUAACAGAAAACAACAAAAACAGGAAAAAGAUCAAAAAAUGAAAAAAUGGAAAUGAAACCGUGCCUUCUUAGUAUUCAAGAUGAUACGUGCACUGAGAGAAAUUGCUCAGUGUCACCGCACAGAGGGAAGACACUCUGCUCCCAAGUCUCAAAUGGCUAGGAUGAAAUCCGAUUGGGCUUUCAGUAGUCGCUGAUAUUAUUCAACCAUUUGUGACACACUAGGUAAUGGAUGAUACAAUGUGUUUACGUCGAAAAACAGAGAAAUAAAAACAAGUUUAAAAAAGUAAACUGCAAUCCCAGGAACCCUGAUAAGCAGUUUUGUUUAAUUACUUGAACAAUGUGUCUCUACUGAGAUUAAUUCAAGUGGUAGAGCUGGUCAUCUUCCCAUCAGAAGCUCCGGGGGGGUUGAUCCCAGACAUGUCCACAAAGCUAAGUGUCUCUUGGCAAAACACUUGACCCCAUCUGCCCCCCGCUUGCAGCGCCCAGUGAUGUGUGAACGGGAUUAGGGCUGUAUACAUAACUGUCUCAGCCAUUGGUGUGUGAACUGGUCAGUGUGGCAUAUGAUGUGAAGCACUCUCAGUGUCCAGAACACUUAAGAAAAUGUGACAUGAACAUAGUCCAUUCACCGUUUACCCCUUGAGAUGAGCCUCCUUGUUUUCAAGAGGGUUGGACCCAUAGUUGUUUAUGUUACAAUGGAGGUAAAGAACAUUAUGACCUACAUUUCUGCCCGCAAGAAGGGGCUCUACAAGUUUUGGCCUUACAUAAGGGGAGUGGUGGGGCUCUGUUUUUAACCACUUUGCUGCAUUAUAUACUUGCAUUUGAUGUACUGAACUAUGAUAUUGUCUCCCCAGUCAGAAACAACUCUUCUGGCCAAAACCCAGAGUUAAUGCUUUGUCACAAGGUCACAUUAGUUGCAUAGUCGUGUGCUAGUUUGCAUGAAUUCUAUGUGCAUCUGCAACAUUCAGGGACAGCAUGCAUCAGUGCGAUGUUUAAUGAUACUUUGGCAGCACGUAGACAUGACUGUAAUUACUAAAACCAACAAAGUGAAAACAAAGAACAUCAUUAGAGGUGUGUAUUUUUCAUUUUGGUUUCCAUAGGGUAAUUAAACACGCUUUGAAAGGUCAGCAGCAAAUUGGGCCAAAUGGAAGUUAUUUCCACAGUGACUUCAAUGCCAAGGAUUAAAAAGUAAGUGGUGUGUAACACCCAGAGUAGAGGAGCAUGAGGGGUUACUCUACAAACAACAGCGUGUAUAAAAUCAUGAGUAAACAGCCUUACUUACAUUUAUUAGAUGAAUAAAUAAGUUAAGAGUUGACAAAAAGGGAUUAUUUUGAGAACCUGUCAGCUUACGCAACCCUUGAAACACAUUAAUCAGGCUAUUGCCACGCUCGCAGUAUUUUUAUGCAUGUGCACAUGAGUCAGAUCGCAUGCCAUGUGCUAAUCUGUCCAAUUUAAACAGAUAGUUUAUCUGUUUGUGUAUUUGAAUGAGUACGUGAGUGGGCGCACACUGAUGUGUACGCGUGUUUCCACGUGUGCGUGUGUUCCUGUGGGUGUGAGGAUAAAUCGAGUGACAAAACACAAAUGACUGUUGGUGUGUUUGUGUUAGGCGUGUGUGCGGUGGCAGAAACUGUUCAGCAGCUUUUGUGUGUUUUUGUGCGUCUGUGAAUCUGAAUUGCCGGGGAAAAAGGAAUCCAUUAAGCUGUUUAACUCUGUGAGUGUGUGUGUGUCCGUGUUUGAACCCAUUAACUGAAUAAAUCAUCCCGUAUGAUUGCAGUGUCAAAUGGGCUUGCUGAACCGUUUCUACUUUGCCCAGCAGUCCUUCUCCUUUUUUUAAGUCAUGACACACAAGAACAAGACCCCAAAUCUCUGAGCCACGCUAAUUAUUGAUUGGUUGAAAAUCCAGCAUCAGUCCUCCCAUAUUUGUGUAACAGUGGAUGUACAAAACAAGCAGAUGCUGGUCAGUGAUAAAGAUUAAAUGCCAUAUGCUGGUUCGAGUACAUAUAAUUGACAUGUAAUACAUUUUUUGAGAAGUGGCUUUGGGGGGCUGGUUAAAAAAGAAACCAUCCUUUGAGUGGAUGCCUCGGUCUCCUGUGACAGCAAACAUCUUGUUGAAGUGUCCUUGAACAAGAUGUUUAAUCCUUCUGUGCUCCAGGGUUGCCCGGUAACUGACCCCUUUUGGACUUAUUUUAGAGCGAAUAAGAGCAAAAGCAUGUAGAAAAGAGGAAAACGUGCGUGCACAUGCAGGGAAUAGCUUUAAGGUGUUAUAUUCUGGUCAGAUAUUUAGGGAGUCUCCUGCCAAACAAAUCCUACUUGUUCUAGCUGCUGGUGGUGUUCUGUGUUUUAAUAAUAACCUCACCUCAUUCCACCUACUCACUCCUUUAUUCAUAAGCACCUGCCUUUAAGAAAAGCCUCAGGGCAGUGGAGGUUUUCUUGGUUUGGUGUCUUAUAAAAAAAGAAAAAAGCACUUACAGGUGGGGAAAACAUUAAAAACUGUCAAGUUAUUUUCGAAUAGAUUUGACCCACUGCCAAGGCAGCACUGAUUUUGUUGGCAAGGGUUCUCAUAGUAGCAUGGGGGGUGUUUUAGAUGAAGUCUUAUUCAUUUCGUUUGGUUUACUUUAGAUUGAUGCGAGCUGCCCUGGUGAUUACAUAAUUUAUAUUCAUCAUCAAACAUCUGGACCGGUCCUGGUUGAGCUCAGGUGCGUGUCAGGGUUUUAGCCAGGAGUAGAAACCCCUAGCAGAUGUUAGCAAAGUGAAAAGUAACUCAGAAACUGAUUAAGUUUUAAUGUAAUUUAUUAUUUCCCUAUUGUAUCAAAUUAAAUGUAAUCACUUGCUAACCCUUGCAUUGAGCCCUUUGCAUGUCAGCUCUCUAACCAUGGCUUUACUCUCAAUCUGCCGUUAUUUCUCAAGCGUUUAACACUCCACUGACUUUGUGUUUGGGAUAAGUUGAAGAUUGACUGAUGCACAGAUGCACAUUUAAGCAGUAAUACCAAAAAGAGACAGGGGAUUAUUUCUUGGCAGUUCCGCCAACAUAAAGCCAGUUUCCCUUUGCGUGUUUGUGUCGCUGCAGAAGAUCCUAUCUGUCAUAUUUUGUUCUGAGAAGGUCAGUCAUUAUGAAACAGAAUAAAACAAAUCAAAUAAACAUGACAUGGAAUCAGUGAAAUGAAACAAACUGACAGCAAAUCACAACAGAGCUGAAAAUGUCAAGGGCUGACAAAGAAUAUAGAGUACUACACACUGGAGCUCCAUCUUUGCUUUUUUAAGGAAGGACAAAAAGUGAGUCCCUAAACUCUCUUUCCUGAAUGUCCACACUAGGAAAAAACGGCAUUUUCACAGUGAUGCGUGGUAGUUUUAUGCUGCGUUCCAGUUACCUCGGGAGUCGGAUGCCUGAGCUGGGAAUGACGCUACACUCAAGUUGACGGUAUUCCCGUAAACAAGUUGGAAAACCAAGAUGGACGCCUACUGUUAGCUGUUGAUAGCUGUUGUUUACAAUUGUCAGCUGUUGUUGGCCGUUGUCAGUUUUUGUUAGUGGCAUCUGCGCACUUUAUCAAUGCUUUCAUCCUGUUUUGGAUAGUUGUGAUUCCAAUUUGUAAGUUAUCAAAGAUCUUUAUCAAACGAGUUGGUUAUCUUACACUUUUGGUCGGUUGAUUAUAGCGUCAUAAGCUUCGUACUCAGAGUGUAACACCAGCCUGAGUUAGUUCGUACCAGAGUUGGCUACACAAUGCUAUAGCUGUGCUGCUCACUGAGAUAUAGAGGUAAUAAUGCUGCAUUUCAGUUACUUCAGAAAUCGGAUGUCGGAGCUGGGAAUGGUGUUACUCCUGAGUUGGCGGCAUUCCAGUUAACGCCGAAAAACCAAGAUGGACGCCUACAGUUGCCUGUUUUUAGCUGUUGUUUACAAUUGUCAGCUGUUGUUAGCCAUUCUCAGCAGUUGUUGGUUGUUAUUCGCGAUACCAGUUGUAAACAACCCAUAACACAGUAUUUUACUCUUACCAACACCAUAGCACCGUGUUCACAGUUAGAUGUUGGGCAAUACAACAUAUACCACUUAUUUAAUUCACAAAAACAAAACAGAAGAGCUAAUAAAGAAUACAUUACAAGAGCUUUCACUGUUACUCUUUACUGUUGAUGCACUGCGCUGCCAUAUUGGAUUAUUAACAUUGUUGUCAAGUCAGGGUUGGUGAGGAUCGUCCGACUUUCUGAGACAAAAAUCGGACUUCAGGGGGGUCUUCCAGAUAAAUUUCCAACUCGGAGCUUGGAAAUUCCGACUUCAGAGUACAACUUGAACGCAGCAUUAGUACAUUGUCCAACAAAGCAAGGCUUCAAACCACUAUAUGGAAGUCAUGCCGCUCAUGAAUGUAAUAAGGACUGGUUGGUAAUUCUGGUGAAGAAUGAGGAGAUUCAGUUGUUUAGUUGAUGGACCCUGCGCCCCCACUCAUUUCAUGAUAGAUCUUGAUAGAUUUGUGACAAACUUUUACUUCGAGUAUGCACUGAGAUUUGUUUUUUUUUUUCUCCAGUAUAUCUUACUUUAUUUACCGACCAAGCUAUAAGCAUAUUGUGGAAAGCAAGUUGGUGAUUUAGUCACAAACGCUGAAAGCUGCCCCCUCUGUCUCCAUGACAAUUUAAUUAGAGCCAGUCACGACUUUUACAUAACGUGCUUUGACUCAGAUCAUCCCGCUCCCGGGGACUCUUUCACACACCUCGUUUUGUGUUGCGAGAAUCAAGCUUGUUUUCUUAAACUGUUAAAAAAUGGAGAAAAAAAAAGUUUGUGUAAAUAACAAUGUGUUCAAUUGUGAUGAACUGCACAGACUGGAUUAGAGGCUCACAUUGUUCCCCUGAAGUCAUCCUCCCCUAAUAUACUAUGAUUUACUGCGAAGAUGAAAGCGGGCACACACAACCAUGUUAUCAGUUUGCUCGAACACUAUUAGAAGAACCCACAGUCUGCAGUUUUUGGUCAAUUUAUAAGAUGGUCAGUGCUGCUAUUUUCUCUGUCCUUUUCUUCUUCUCUUUUAUUUCAAUACCUUCUUGGAAUUACUUGCGGGAACCACAAUGCAGCUCUGCUCUCAUAUCAUGCUGGUACUCUUUUGCAAGACAUCAGGCCGGUUCAAGUUUCCUGGUUCGAUUCCUAUUAAGAGCUCAGUCCAAGGAUCCUUUCACACCAGACUGCGCAACCACACAAGGUCAAAAACACACACAUAGAAACACACACCAAGACCUAUCUGCCAAGAUAUACUUCCUGGUGGAGGUUCAAUGCCAUCGAUGAGCUUGGCACUGAGACUAGACCCUGCUGCCCACUGGCUCUCACUCUCUCUUUCUCUCUCUCUCAGACACACACACACAUGCUACAGCCUUCCAUCAGCUCUGUUUCAUUCUGAAUUUACUGCUUAUCUUGUCUGUCUCCGUGCAGAGGUGGAAAUGCAUUUAAGGGGGAAGGGAUGGGAACAGGCACAGAGACUUUAAGUGCAUUGGGGAAAAUGUGAGCGAGGCAGAAAUAAAAUAUGGUUCAGAUAAAAUUUAGCACCGACACAUAGGUGUUUGACAAUUCCACUAGUUAUAUUAAAGACCCCUAGAGAAAGCUGAGACACAAGGAGAUAGAAAGUGAAAGCAAAACGGAGGUAAGAGCUGAAAAAGCAUCACCCUUGUUUACCUGGGUAAACCCCGGUUCCCAGAAUCUCCCAAAGGAAAGGAAAGUUGCAAAGAAAAAAUAGAAUAGGAGCUACGCUGUUUAUCUUGGGAAAGACCAAAAUAGAAUUCAACAACAGUGAGAUUCAGAGCUAAGUUUAAUCAGAGAUGGGGGAUUUCUGCGGCUGUGGGGGACAGAUCUGCGCAAGCGUUCUUUAGAUCACAGGCUUAUGAAUUCCGUCUCCGUGGGGAAAUAAGAGCGAUGAGGUGGCUGUCGUAGUCGUGCCAGAGGCAGCACUGACUGCAUGGAAAUGUAUGAUGAUAGUGGCUGUGUCACCACUGCAGCCCUCAUAUAAUAGCACACAGCUGAAUACAAGGGAGCGAUACAACCAGAUGUAAUCAUAAGUCAUUUUGGGGAAUGGAUUUUUUUUUUUUUUUGUUAUAUGACUGUGGCUUGCUUGUUUGGUACACUGUGCUGGUGAAUGGACAGAGAAAGAUGGAUGAGUUUUUUUUUUUGUUUUUUUUUUCUAUUAUGUGUUGGUGUUUGGUGUUCAUGAUUCAGCUCUGUGCUGUUUGUUCAUCAAUUUUACAUCCAACAGAGCGGCUCUGUGGGUCAAUGUCAGUGAGGGCAGGCUGUAAGACACUGUGAUGAAAUUAAACUAGCAGCAAAUUGGCCAUGUCCUAGUUUCUUUAUGUUUCACUGUUAAGCCAAUUUACACAAAGUCUGCCAUGCUUAUGAUGCCAUUAUUAUCUGUGGUUGUUUGCAUCUGAAUAACACAGUACUACAGCAUCAGAGCAGCAGCAAGAUUGGAGUAAAAUGAAAAGUAUUUGCAUGUAGAGAUGAACGUACUGUGCUUUAUCUAUCUGUCAGUUUUACUCAUAUAUGUGAUUCAGAUGGAUCAUAUUAAAAAAAGCAAAUGUACUUGCAUCUAUAUGCAAACAUUUCAGUCGUCAAUGUGUCUUAAUAUUUUUGUCAUACUUAAAGUUACUUGUGUUUAAAUUUGACUUUUCCUGAUCCGAACUACUGUACUGUACACACUUGCCGGAUGAGGUUGUGAUAUUUCCCUUAUGAUGUCCUCCCAUACUUCCUACAUGGCACCAUGUAAUCUGGUGCAGUUUGUAAAAGGUCAGCAGCUACCUUUACCCAAGAAAAGUUGAAUUCAUUGCUCAGUCUUCUAACAUGAGCCAUUUUUUUCUGCAAGUGUGGAAAUGUACAGGCGACCUGCUGUGUAAUGACGAUAGUGAAAAACCUCCAGCUCACGUCAAAGUAGCAGUUUGGAUAAGUGGAUUUAUUGCGUGCCACUUGAAUAAGUGCUUUUAUUUUUCAUACAAAAGGAAAUUCUCUAAAUAUUCUUGGAAAAUACUGAGGACUUUGUAAAAGCUUGCAGAGUUGUUUAUUUGGUUGGAGUUAAAAAUUGCUUGAAAACUCACAAUAGUGUUUCUUUUGUCUUUGCAUUGGCAGGAUGAUUCCCUCCACCAGCAAUGACUUCCUGGUUCGGGACCUCGCAGCAGGAAGAAGCUACGAUCUUUGCGUCCUGGCUGUGUUUGAUGACGUCGUCACAUCAUUGACUGCAACGCGUCCUUUGGGCUGCCUGUCCUUCACCACAGACACAGAGUUCAGCCAGUGCCAAGCACUGCACAGCCACUUCCUGGGUGGCACUAUGAUCAUUAUCAUUGGAGGGAUUAUUGUGGCCUCUGUGCUAGUGUUUAUCAUCAUCUUAAUGAUACGAUACAAGGUUUACAGCCACCAAGGGGCCGGCCAUGGAAAAGUCGCCAUUGCGGCAAGUGCGGCGAGACCGCAGAGCAAUGGACAAGGAGGAGGCGCGCAGGUUCAAGUCCUCCCUCACUCUGCCUCCAAAAUGCCUGACAGUCAGGAGGACCAAAUGCUAUCACCGUCCAGGGCCAUGUCGCCUAGCAACACACUGAGAGACACUGUGGCAUUGGUGGAGGAGGAUAGUAGUGGACGGAGCACAAUGACAAGGACUGACUCCUUGGCCAAUGAGGAGUUGCUUUCGCCCACCAAGGCCCGCUUCUCCUCCAGGGUCGCCAUUGAGAUGAAAAGCAGACCACCAUCUGUCGCCAAAGAGCCCACCUCCCCUAAGGAACUGGCAGGUAGUAGAAAAAGACAGAGGAGAAGAUAAAGAUAGAAGACACAGGAAGCAAAGCAAGGACAAGGGAAAGAAAGAAAAAAAGAGGAUUUGACAUAGAAAGAAACAGAAAGAAAGAUACAGCCAGUUUGAAAGAUAGACAGUGGACAGUUUAGAGUGUGAAACAGAAUAAAAAAUUAAAAGGUAACAGUAAUAAAGUGAGUUAGUUAGUGUGGAUUAAAAUGCCACCCACAGUGAAAGAAAUGCAGUGUAAGGUCUUGUUUGAAUAUGUUGCCAACUCACUGUGAUUUUUGGUUCAUUACGUUCUUUCACAUAAUAUAAAAAGUUAUCCAAUUAACCUCUUUGCAGAGUCCUGGGACUGACUUUAACCUUACAACCUCUCAAACCAUUUAAUUUGUUUUUAUCGUCUUUUCUUGUCGACAACCAGACUGAGUUUCUUUGCAAAAGAAAAUAAGAUCUUGAGGAGCAUUAAGUUUGAGAAAUUUCUGUUUAUUUUACUUAAAAAAGUACUAUGAGUGUGCUUCUUUCAAAGUGAAGUUCAAAGUUUGUUAAGUAAAUGACACUCACAGUAUUAAACACAUAUUUGCUGAUUUGUGUGGGAGGAGCGAGGCAUUUAAACUGCUGGUGGGAUCCCCCAUCACCCCGCAGUUAACAUAAUUCAGGUUAGCAUCCCUUGUGUUCUCCAUUAAAGCGCUUCAAAGUAUUCAGCACUCAGGGGAGGUUUGUUGGCCAUUAGGAAUGACACAAGCAGAGCACUCAGGAGUGAAAAAGUCACUUCAGUCGAAUGAAAGCCUAUUUACAGCCAGCUGAAAUCAAAGUCUACCAUUUAGGAAAUCCAAGAUUCACAUUUUGUGAAAUGUCUCAGGGGAGUUCAAAUGUACACAUUGUCAUUUUGUAAUGUGCAACAAACAUUUGUAACACAUUCUGGGGCCACUGAAUGCAUGAAGCAAAACCUUUUACUUCGGUUUAUGAAUGAAUGCUUCAAAAAACCACUUUGCUUACAGCUCAGAUUCUGCCCCCCAGGAUGCUCUCAAUAUAAAUCCCAGCAACUUACACUGAGUACGGCUGAGGUGUAAAUGAACACCUCCAGGGGUAACAAAGCAGAAACCAGCAGCCACAUAAUUUAGUGGGAGCAUAAUAUGCAUAAUGCACAAAGCAAGUGAUGCAGUCACAACUAUUAUUAAUGUAUAUACUGCAGUAUAAGAAACGGCACAAAGAGAGGGCUCGGUACUAAAGCUACAAAUCAGUAUUAUCAGUACAAGAAGCUGUUUGUUUGGGCAAAAAGGAACAAAAUAGAAGCUGUUCAUCCAAAGCAUUAAAAAGUCUUCAGAAAGAUUAUGAAUGCUGAAAUACUACAAUAAAAGGUAAAAGAUUUAACAUCCCAAAACGGCUAAAAAAAAGAGGGUUUUAUGCUAGUUUUAAAAGAGAGUUCAAACCGAUAAAACCCUUGGAUUACCUUGGCCUGUGUAUCAAAGAUCCAUGAUUAAAAUGUUCCUCUUCUGGCACCAAGAAAUGAAAAAAUCUGUCAAAGAGCGCUGUUACCAAAAAAACUAAUUUCUGAAGAUGUUUCAGCGAGUAUAAAUGACUGUGCUAAAGUUGAGCAAAGUCACAACCCAAUUUGCUGCACUGGAAACGAUGAAUUCCCAGCAUCAGAACUAUGAGCUCUACUUAAGCUUUGGGCCUCUGCUCAGUCUCUGUUGAUCUUUUGCCUCUCGUGUCCGCUUGUGUAAUAACAUCUUGCGCCAACUUGUAUUUUUGUAAGGAAGUAUUUUUAGCUCCUAGGUUUUCAGAAGCCUGUGGACACUGGGUAAAAAAUGGAUUGAGAGAUAGAGACACAUUCUCACGACCACAAAAAAGAUAAUUAUCCAGGAUUGUUGUUGUGCAUUUCAAGCGCAAUUGAAGAAAUAGAAAAAGGACAGUGGAACACAUUAAUAUAAUAUACACUCCUUCCUUGACAUGCAACAAACUCAUGGGAAAUUGGUUUUAUGUAACUCUGUUUGUGCCAAGAAAGACUAUUAGAUAAAUCCUCUUUUUUAUGUAAUCAGACCCCGAUUCUCAUCUUUGAUGGAGUGACUUAAACAUGCUCAGAAAGAUCACUUGAAAUACCCAAGAGUGCUCUAGUAAUAUUAUGGAUCCACAAGGGCAUAUGAAUGUUCUUUUCGGGUAGUGUUUCGCUGCGCUAAGCCCACUUUGGUGCACUUUCGCCCUUAACACUAAUCCACUCAGGAAAUUGGGGUUUCAUUAGAUGGAAUAAAUGGAGACACACUUUCACAUGAGUGGCUUAAACAGCUGAGUCGAAAUACUUUAUCAGGGGCUGAUAUGUCAUUCAAUUGGCCUCUCUGAAUGGGUUGAAAUGAGGUGUCAUUGAGCCGCACGUUGAUAGAAGGGAGCAGAUGACGGAUCUGUGCAGACUGAGCAGCUUAGCCAGCGGGUUCAGGGAAAGUUUUCACCUCCUGAACUCUGCUGGAUCUGCAGUUGGUCUGACAUUUAUAACACAAUUAAGUUUUCUGGACUCGGCUCGGAAUAAAAUGAAAAAAAAAAAAAAAGGUACAGAUUUUUUUAUAGACUCAAAUUGUGAGCUGCUAAGCAACUCGGGAUGUUAACUAGCUAAGGACAAAGUGGAAAAAAAAAAAAAAAAAAAAACUCUUUUUUUUGUGCCUGUGUGAAAAAGUUUGGGCACAUGUAGUUCUGCAAAUGUUCAGACCUUCAUGGCCAAAUUGGAGUCAUACAGUAGAUGAGGAAAAGGAGUGCUUAUUAAAGCUGGAACAGCGUGAAUUUUUCCCAACUUAGAUCAAGAAUAUGCUUGAUUUUAACUUUGUUCUACUGAUGAGAUGCCACCAUAUGCACAAGCUCAAAAAAAUAGUCCCCUUUAGACCUAAUUAUGAGUGUUACCCUCACUCUAACCUCAACUGAACGAUGUGUGUCACUUUCAAAAAAAGCAUCGCAGACAACAGGGACACAAACAAGACAAUUAUUGUAGUUUUUAUUUAAACUGAGGUGAUGGAUUCCACUGCCCUUUGUGCUCUCCGUUUCCCCUUUCUGGUUCAAGGCUCCUUGCAACUUUUGAGGACAACCUACGACGGGGGGAUAAAACUCGUGUUUGUACAAAGGCUGUUGUGGUUUUUCACAGGGUGUAGCUGCGUGUGUGAUGUGUUUCACUGGUUGCUGCAUUGCAGAGAAAAGCAACAUUGAUCUGAUCAGAGAGAAAAGAGCCGCAAUGAGUCAGAGCGCCUGAGGAACAGAGGAUCUGACAGAUACGCUGAGAGACCCCAUUAAAGGCCCACGGUUGUCAAAAGUGUGACCUGACAUGAAAAAAUAGACACACUGUGGGUGAUGGCAUUCUUUUUGGUUUGUUUGCUCUUUGUGUUUUUCUUUACAUUCAUACAUACAAGGCGGAUAAAUCGCUUUUGAAUGUGUAGAAAAUAUUGUUCAGGUAAAAUCCUUGGAUUGGAAAAAGAUGAAAAGCCAACAAUGAAACGUGUGGCUCAUUUUGAAGGAGCUUCAAGUUUCUUAAACUCUCAUUUGUACAAGUUUGACCCCGUUUUUUAACCUUACAGAAAAGAAUCCCAUGAGUUUUAAAAUCAGUUCAGAUGAAAAAGUUGUCCAGUGUGUAGCCGACCCUUGUAUGACUCUUCUUUAACAUUGCAGUAUCAAGUAUAAACCUCUGCAAUGGUUAAAAAAAAAAAUGAUAUUUCCACUUAGACAUUCAAAAGAUAUCUCUAAGUCUAUCCAUUAAUCCCGAUUAUAGAUAAAUAAAGGACCAGACAUUGUUGGGAAUUCGUUAUUAUUUGCAUUCGUAGUAUCUCCUUAAAAUUUAGCUUGCACGUGUCAGGAUGCUGCCUGUGGAUUCGGCUCUAGAAGUGGCUCUUUAACCUGAAUACUAAGUGGGAAAUUUUCUAUCAGGAUUCGCAGUAAUUAUAUGCUUGACACAAACAUAUUAUGAUUAUGUCAGGCAAAGUGCUAUUAGUUCAAGAACAGUCAAGCAAACAGAGUGUAAGUGUGUGAUGAAUUAAUAGUGUUGUGGGGACAUGUAUCCCUACGCAGUCACAUUAUGGGGGUUUCCAGCAGGUAAACUAUUAAUUUUAAUGGGGGGAGAGUAGAUCUGAGGUUAAUUUUGGGCCAAGCCUUCAGGUAAUGAAUGUACAUCGAUUAAAAACUCUUCAACAAGGUAUAAACAAGUGUUCAAGUGGGGUACCAAAACCCUGUUAGGUCCGGGCAUGUCGUCUUUAAGCUGACACAAGGUAAUGUGCGCACAGGAUGCCAACUCAGGGAUGUGCGUGUGAGUUGGUGCAAAGAGCGCGUGUGUUCUCUCAGUGGCCCCUCUACGACCCUGUAGCCUGUCUGUUCUCAGUGGAUUUUAAUCUAUCAUCACUCCUUUCAGUGUCAUCCCAUAUGCCCGGUCUCAUUCUUCACCGCUGUCUGUCACUCUGAAUUCAUCUCUUGGAAUCUCCCUCUCUCUAUUUCACCUUUUUCUUUCUUUCUUUCUUUUUGUUCUCAAGCUCUUUCUGUCACUUUUACUCCUCUUUCUUCUUCACCAGCGUCAUGACUGCUGAGACAGUUUUGCUUCCUCGUCUUCACACUCUUCCUUUCACAUUUUCAAUGCAGUUUUUCUUCAUACGUGUCAGUGUAUCUUCUCCAUUUUUUAUUGUCUCUCUCUCACUCUUUCUGCCUCUUUUUUUUCCUUCCUCUCUUUCUCCACCUCUGCCCUCGCUCUGUAUCCGUCUCUCGGAUGCCUCCAGCAGCAGACAGGCGCCCUCAUAGUGUCGAAUGGAGAGACUUUAACAUCUGACCGCGGCCUCACACAGAGAGCACGCCAACGCCACACAAAAGAGUAAUGACUGACACUAAAAACUUAAGAACCUCCUUCGUUGUGAAGUGUUCUUAGAGUUUCUCUUUUCCUCGUUCUCCAGCCCUGUUGACGCCUUUACCCUCCUAUAGCAUGCUGCUGUCAGACCGUUCAUUUCUGGAGUUUCUUGGCUCAUGUUUGAUGAAUUUACCCAUAUUUCUGUUGGCUUUCAUUUCUUUUUGAAAACUUGUUCAGAGAUUUUGAGGUACCACUCUUUGAGCUCCCCGCUUUCUUUCUACUUCAAAACAUAAGAGUAGGAUUAUGUUUGUGGAGUCUUGAAAAAAAUAUAUUGCAUCAUUUAAGCAGCAAUAUUUGACACCAGAGUUAGUACACUGAUAAGACAAUGGUUUUGUGAAUCUACCCUGAUGUUAUUAACUUAUAUAUAGUUUUCUAUGGAUGACAAAAACCAUUCAAUCUAACUAUGUUUUAUUGUUGAGGCACACAUUUCUAAAAAUCUAAGACUAUCCGUAGGGCUCAGUACACAUGGAAAAGAGGAAUUUGUCUAUAAUUAUUAGUCAUUAUUUGAGUGUAUUGAGCCUUUAUUACAUUUAUUAUCAUUUACUUCCUCUCUCUCUUUUGCCAAUACUUAAAUCACUAAAUGUUUUAGACUAGUAAUUCUUAUCUUUGUCAUUUAUGCUUUUUAUUCUUGUCUUUUCCAUGAUUUAUUUUUAAUUACAUAGUUUUUUUGAUAACACUUUCUUUUACGGUACACUUAUUACCAGGUAAUUAACAGGUAAUUACCUAGUAACAACAUGAAGUUAUCUGGUAAUUACAUGAUAACUACUAAAUCAAUACUGUCGUGCUAGCAGGUAGGCAACCUUCCAUCAUCAAUACCAUUGCUCUAGUAUUUCCACGAUUUUCUCCGCUUCCUGGAACCACCACUUGCGCAGUAGCACUGUACGCAUUUGGCGGGUGAGUCGCUGUGAUAAUGCUCGGCUCAAACAGCGUAUCGCUACGCAAUCUUCGCACGCCCAUAGGCUGUAUCAAGUGUCAAUCAUAGAAAAUAAGAACCUCAAAUAGCUUUUGAAAAUGGAGCUGCACAGAAAACAGAAAAAAAGAAGAUCUAAACAGUACUGACUUAGUAGUUAUCAUGUAAUUACCAGAUAAUUUCAUGUUGUUACUUGGUAAUUACCUGUUAAUAAGUGUACCGUAAAAGAAAGGGUUACCGUAUUUUUAAGCAUUUUUAAAUUUCUCAGUUGUCUAAACUGUAUUGAUUUUCAUUCCUGAGUGCCAAUCCCCUUCUCAAACUACUCCCAUAUCCUUCAUCCCUAAAACUCGAUUUGUUUUUAUCGUCUCUGUUUAACCUGUACUGGCCUUCUUCUUCUUCUUCUCCUGUUCUUUUUUUUCAAUUUAUAACACCUCUGUGAAGUUAUUUCUCAUUUCUUAUGUCCUUUCUAUCCAUCUCCUCACCCCUCAAGCUGCAUUAUCGCCUUUGCACACUACCUUCUCCUCCCGCCUCUCUGUCGCCCCAUCUGCUUCAUCCAUCUACACUGUGUACAGAGUGAUGGAGGAAAAGAGAAAGGGGUAAGAGUGGAGGGUGAUGGAGGAGGAGACAGUGGAGAUGUGCAGAGGUGGUGACUGAUGAAUACAGACUGAGGCAUUAAGAAGACUCUGCUUCAUUCGUAAACUGACACAAUAAGCGCUGGCUGUACAUAAACGUGUUAAAGAAAUAUUCCCCUUGACAAAUAUAGUUUAGAAAUGUUCUCCUGACAAAUGCAGGCAUUACAAAUAGCAGCUGAGGUAGUAAACUACAACAGCAAGCACAGCUUCAUCAUUCCAAGCUAUUACACUCGGUUGCUCUCCCUUGUCAGUAUGCACCGCUUAUGCAGGCAUUUGUUGAAUCCCACGACUUUGCAGCUGUGUCACUCUUACACAGCAUAAGCAGAAAGAAACAUACAUGUCAGGACCUUACAAAGGACAUGCUAAUUCCUCUGUUAAAGGUGGGGUAGGCAGGAUCUGAGGAAGUGCCAGUUUUGGGGAGAAAUCUUGAAUGUAAACACUACCCCUCCCAAACAGUUUCCCCCUCAGCUCCUCCUCUCCCCUCCCUCUCUGCUCCAGCAAGCCCCGCCCACAAACAGACACUCCUGCUCGCUCGUAUCGUUCCAAUUGAAUUUAGAUAUAAUGCAGAUAAAUACCUCAGAUAAUUACAAAUGGGGCCCAGUCAACGUGAAAGUAAACAGCAUUGGUGCUGCUGUAGAUGCCAACAGACUACCAGCAAAAACAAUGUUUGCAGGACUUCUACAACUAGGAUAAAGUGACAUACUCCAGGACCCGGGGUAAGCAGUUUAGCGGUGCUACAACAUGCAGUAGAGAGUAGUUGGUUUCUACUGUCCGAUAUUGUAGCACGCUAACUUUGUUUGGGCUCGUGAACGUUAUUCGAGGACAUGGAGCGUGCCUCACAACACGAGGAAGCAGCGUCUGCCUCACAACCAAUCAGGUCAGGAAGGUGGAGAACGGCUUCAUUUACAAUCAGAAUUAGCGGGAUGCUCAAAAUGUUUUAAAUUUUUGACUACACAGACAUGACAAAACACAGCGAUAUUGUUAUAUUACUAAAUGUCAUCAAUAACUAAAAGCUUUUUUGUAUAUACACCACACAAAAAGAUGCUACUUUAAUGGAAUCCUGCCUACCCCACCUUUAAUUUCUCUUAUAUAACUCAUGGAAGCUUCAAGUCAAGGACAUGUUCAAUAGUUUUUUUUUCACAGGCCUGACUGAUUUUGGAGGAUGGGACAUGAAGUAGUGUGUGCAAAAGACAAUUUACCUUCUCUGUUUUACCCUUUAAUUCUAAAAGAAGAUACUUUCCACAGAAAAACUCAUCAGAAAUGUCCAAUCAAAGAAAAACCUGCUAAGUGCAAGAGCACAAAAGCUGCCUGCAGUCUUAUGCAAUAAAGCCCUUCAACAAGGCACUUUUUCAACCCAAGAAAGACAAGAGAAAAAUCACCAAACUAGUAGCUGUGUCCUUUUAUUUCACAGCCUUCAGGGACCACUUGAAAAGUUUUCAGAUAUUUAACACCAGAUGCCACUUCUGAUUUAGAUUAGAUAACAUUUGAUAAAACUUUAUCUGGCAGUGCCAAAAAUAUAGUAUGGUUCUAUCUAACGCAUGCUAAAGUUCACAGGUGCUAAAUUGUGUCUCCGAGACCCCUGUUAUAGUCUGUGCUCUAUCUUUCUCUCAAGACCUGAUGUUCUGAUCCUAAUCCCUGUCUUUCCUACCCUUUGUUCCAGAAGUUGCCCUUGCCUGUGAUUUCCCUGUCCUUCUGAUCUCAUACAGCGCCAUCAUGUUCAACUUUCAAAUGUCCUUUUCUUGUUCUUUGUUUUCCAGAACCCUGA